AUGGAGGAUGGACAAAACUGCAUUCAGCUGAUGCCAAAGACAGGAAAGCACAUGGAUAAAGCACGGAGGUCACAAAAGGUAGCGUCACAGAAAAGGCAAGGAAAGGCCACCUUCCAGGCCGGUAUGGAGGACAGCAUCCUGAAGCCAUAGACUUGGGGCUUUCAGUGGGAAUAACAGAAGACCUUGGUGGUUUAUUGCUGCUGAUGGCGUAAUGUCUUUCGUUCGCGUGGUCAAUGGCGGAAUAGCUUUUGACCGCGUGGUCGGCCUAGGUAAGCAAACAAUGAGUGAAACAGGCAAUUGGGGUAAGGUUGUGCCCGAACGAGCCUCAUUCACCUCCCGGCUGACGCCUCCUCAGUUUCUCUUUUGAGAUACAAAUACAUGUUUUUUGGUUACAAAAAUACGUGUCUGUUAAUCCACCAUUUAUACAGCGCUGCGGAAUUUGUUGGCGCUUUAUUAAUAAUAAUAAGGAUGUUGUGUUAUUGAUUUCUAGGUUGUCCCACAAGUGUGAAAAUAUUUCCAACAAUUUCCGCAAAAACUGUUCCACUGGGUAUAGAUAGGCCUCUAUGGGCCUUGUUGAGCUCAACUGUGCGAAUAUAGUCUACAAUUGGCCUCAGGAUGUGACACAGGUAGGUAGAACAGCCCUGUUGGGACCGGAAUAACAACCACUGGUCUGGAGAGGUGAGAUUCUCUGAGUGAGAUUAUUCGGUAUGCUGGGAGUUGAUUAUAUAGCUCAAGAUUCAAGCCAUGCUCGGAGCUCACCCAAAGCACAACCAGCCGCCAUGAUGCUCAGGGCCUGCCCCCGGUUUGAAUUCCUAAUGCUACAGUGUUCCAGUAAUUCAUUCAUUGUGAUAUUUGUUUUAUAAUUUCGAAAAAGGAAUUGAAAUCCUAGACGUUUCGAGCAUUUUAACAAUCACGACUAAAUAGGGGAUCUAUUUUGAGUUAGUUUUCUCUAGUAUGACUUGUUGUCUAGGAAUUAAGUGUAAAUUAUUUUUAUUAUUUUUAUUAUUUUUUUCAGUUUCAGACAAGAAAGAAAAAGAUAAUAUGUCGAACCUUUAGAGAAGACACCUUAAGGUAGCAUGCAAAAAUUGGGGAUAACCCCUAAACAGUGAAUUUCAAACAAACAAAAAACAGAAAAACAAAACAUUUCUACCUAUAAGUGUGUCAUAUCUUCCUGAGAGGAGUAUACAAUAUAACUUUUAUUAGACCGUUAAAAAUAGAGGGAAUAAUUAAAUAAAAAAAUAAAGGUAACGUUAAAAUCAAUUCAAGAGCACAGUCCUUGCUGUUUUAACCCCUUAAGGACACAUGACGGAAAUAUUCUGUCAUGAUUCCCUUUUAUUCCAGAAGUUGUGUCCUUAAGGGGUUAACAGUUAUAGCAAUGUGAAAAGGCUGUAAUGGUGGCAAAAAUGCUGUAUUUCGCAGUGAUAUUUGUUCUCUGUAUCUCAGUGUAGAGAUACUGUAGUAGUACAGUAUGGGUGCACUUAGAAAGGGUGAAAAUGUGGUAGAAUGGGCACGUGGCAAAAGUUCACAAACGUGUUGCAUCUCAAUAUAGCCUUGGUCCUUUAGGGGGUUAAGGAACAUGCCUAAUUAUAAGUGUUUUGUAUAAAAUACACUAUAUAAGAACACAUUUCCUAUAAGAACAGACCAAGGAAAACAUGUUCCAUCCUAUAAAGAUCCAUGUGUCUGUCAAUAUGUAUCUGUGUGUAUGGUGAGUCAGUGUUUUUCUGUGUGUCAGUGUGUGUGUGUGUAUGUGUCAGUGUGAGUAUCUGUGUGUAUGUGUCAGUGCGUGCAGCUGUGAAGUAUCUGGGUGGAUGUGGCACUGUGUUUAUCUGUGUGUGUGUAUGUCAGUGUGUGCAUAUUUGUGUGUAUGUGUCAGUGUGUGUAUCUGUGUGUAUGUGUCAGUGUAUCUGUGAAGUAUCUGGGUGUAUAUGGCAGUGUGUGCAUCUGUGUGUGUAUAUGUCAGUUUGUGCGUAUCUGUUUGUAUUUGUCCGUAUGUGUAUCUGUGGAGUAUCCUUGUGUAUGUUUCAGAAUGUGUGUAUCUGUGUGUGUAUGUGCCAGUGUUUGUAUAUCUGUGAAGUAUUGUAUGUGUGUUUAUCUGUAAAGUAUCUGUGUGUAUGUGUCAGUGUGUAUUUAUAUCAUGGAGUAACAGGACACCGUUAAGAAUCUCCGUACGCUGAGAAUAAUGAAGUGGAAGCACGGUCAGGAGCUCUGUUAUACCUGAUGUUGCUACACAUUCGCGAAGCCGCGCCUCCUUAGAACCCCGCCACCUUUUAUUGGCCGCCAUCCCACUAUAUGCAAAUGCACCCACGAUCCCUGUGCGUGGAUUGGCGGAUGGAGUUCUGAGUGGGAGGGAACGAUGAGGAGGUGUAUCAAUGUCUCCUAGACAUUGUCCAGAUUUACAGAAGAGCAAGGCAGGGAAAGGGUCUUACACAGCAUAGUGUGCAUAAUAUAAGUUUAACUCCUAAUGAGCAGGACACGAUUUUCAGACUCUUGAACAUAAUAACAACAGCAAUCAAGGCAUACUUGAAAGCUCUUCACAAUCCUGUGAUCCAGAGGGAAAACAACUUUCUGUAGGGCUCAACUGAUUAAUGGAACCCAGUGCCACCAAAAUUCUGUAACUAGACAAGGUAAUCACUUUAUUAUUCCUUACAAUAUCCAUUAAAAUCUUACAAAAUAGCACGGAGCGAGAGAUACUUUGUUUGUAUCUGCAUGCUGCUAUUCAUGGUUUAAGUGAGUGAUGUGGUUUAGUCUUUAAUUUUUCCUUUGGAGUCGUCAGACUAAGUCUACAUUUAGACUGGGAAUUCAGUUGGGAGGAGAUUUUAGAUUUUAUUUGGAUUAGAGAGUUCUAUUUUCAUCGCCUGCUGUGGUGCCUGAAGUCUGCUUAUUAUUUGGCUUUUUAAUAAAUUACAGCUGUGUCAGAUUUGAGCGAACGGUGUCAUUAGGGUGUAAAUGCUCAUGUUAUUAAAAAUAAACUUUGUGAAAAAUGGCUUUGUAGAUUUUUGUUUAGUAAAUCUAUACUUUAUGUGUUUUUAUGAGGGGAUGUUUCCUGAAUUUGUAUUUUUAAUGCGUGUAAUUCGAUCCGAGGUAAUUGUAAUAUUGUCAAGUGUACUCUUUGUACAUUGGUGAGCAAUCUAUGAGGAGAGACUGGUUUUAGAUUAGAAAAUGCGAGGGGCAGCUUUGUAUAUCUUCAACAAGACCGCUUGAAGUCUAUUUUUUUUAUGUCUCAAAAUCUGAAUAUAUAGACUACUAAUAGAAGCACACUGUUUUGCUAUAACCCACAUAUAUACAAUAUGACAGCUGCACAUAUAUAUAUAUAUAUAUAUAUAUAUCCAAGCAUGCAACACGCUUUGCACAUCGUGGGUACAUCAUAAAUAAAAAGGCUUGCACAAGUCUUGUUUAGUUGUAUGUAUUAUGGGUGUUGUACAUGACAACUUUGUGUAUCAAUGUGUACGUUAUUAGUUGACAUCACGUGCCCCAAUGUUAUGAGUUCACUUGUCAUUAAAUGUCAUAAAAAAACAUUCCUUUUAAAUUCUGUGUAUGUUUGUUUAAAAUUAUUCUUCAUCAAGUUUUGCUUGAAACCAGUGAUGCUUUGGGGAAAUUAGAAAUUUAUAUUGGUAUUAUACAUAGCUGAAAUGCCAGUGUGGAUUGAUCUAACAUACAACAAGUACUGCGAUUUGAAUUCAUCUUUUACAAAACAUUUGAUACAUGAUCAUUCCUAAAUGAGGUGAUAUAUGUGCAAGCACUGUAGAUAAGGUUCACUUCCAAGCUAAUGUUAAGACUAAAUAUUGUAACUUGUAAAGAGUUGAAAUAGAGAAAGGAACAGAUUCUGACAUUCAAAGAAGCUUACUAUAUACCGUUAAUCAAAUUGAAUACUAUACCAGGUGUUGACCAUAUCCACCCAUCAACUAGUGAUGAGUCUACCAGAUAGCAUAGUCCCUGAUUAUAUCUUGCUUAUCAAUAUGUCAUUGGUAGCUAUAGAAUGUAAUUUAUAAUUUUCCUGCAGCAAAAAAAGGUCUAUUGUAAACAUGAAAUGUAGAGAUGUUCUCAGCAUAUGCAUGUAAGAUAACAUGCAUGCUCUUAUUUAUUAUUAAUUUAUAAAAUAUUUUACCAGGAAGGAUGCAUUGAUAUUUCUCUUGUUUUCAAGUAUGUCCUGGUCCCCACUAUCACCUAGGUAUAGCACAUGGUUCCCAGACCAAACUGAAUUUGCAAUUGGUAAAAUUCCUAAAACCGCUAAUUUAAACUACCUAAUGCUAUUCUGGGACCAUAUAUGUGAAUUAAAGGGAAAUUAGAGAUUAAAAUUACCCCUCAAUUAGUCUGCUACUGGUGCAAAAAAGAAUCCUACCAGUGAGUUAUGGUAUAAGUAGUUUAUCCCUAAAGAGCAGUUCUACUUAUCACAGGAUAAAUGGAACCACUCUGUAAACUGAUAGCUUUACUGCUGUCUGUCAGUUUACACAUAGCUUGGUUGGUUGUUUAGUAAAUCGGACUAUGCUAAGAUAACGGCAGAAUCGCAAUCUGUGCAUGCACUGUCCAUGCAUUGGCUCUUUCUGCUGGAAGGAGAUAGAGCUCAAUCCAAAUUUUGCUUGCAACGUGGACACGACAUGCAAAACGUUGACAAAAUUGGCAAAGCCAGCUCAAAAUCAACGUUUCUGGCUUGCUGAUUUACAAGAGCCUACGGUGGAGCUGUAAAUCUUUAAUAUUGGCAUAAUUUCAAGCUGAAACACUGUGUAUAGUGCAUGAUGGCCAACGAUUGUGAAUAUUACUGAAAACAUUAUGAGUGAGAAUUAGAAGGAUGCAUGGGAAUAAGACAUCAUAAUUUCUGGUGUGCACAGUUUGCAUUAGUUGCAUAUGGUAUACAAAUAGACAUGCACAAUAAAUAAUACUGUAGCUGUAAAAAAAAAAACAAUCCUGUAAAAUUAAAAUGGGCAAACAUGGCUUCCAGUUCCAGUGGGUACUGAUAACAUAUUUUGAGCCGGCUACUGAGUUAAAUCAUCAAAUAUAAAAUUUGUUUGUUGAUAUUCUUCAUUUAUAUCUGUUUAUUUUGUUAUAUAUACUAGGUGUCAUGGGCUAAAAAUUUUGUAAAUAGUAGACCAAAUGUAAUAAAAAUAAAGGAAUGAAUAUAUACCUCACUUUAUAUACAUUUUCAAAAUUGUAAAUUGAUUAUUUGGUAUUUGCAGGCAGUGAAUGCAAUUUUCCACCCUCUUACCGCCUUUGAGUACUUUUUUGAGAAACAGCAGGAAGUAAAGAAUGUUACAUAAAAUGCACCCCCUUCCAAUAUGCUCACUGCUACUACUCCACACACCUUUCCAUACACUUAAUUUUGACAAAUUAUAGAACCAUCUACACAUAUUUGUUUACACAAUGUUAUAACAGUGGCUUUUUAAAGUGCAAUUAACUUAUAAGUGCCUGUUUUAUAAAAUAUAUAAUAUACUGUAUAGUAUUUAAUGGAUUCUUAUAAACAAAAAAUAUUGUGUCCUGAACUGUGUCCCUGUAGCUUCUUAACAUGCCCAGGGAGAGGUUGGGGGUGGGGUUCUGAAGGUGAAAGAACAACUGCUUUUAAAAACAUACACUCCAGAAGCUUUGUUGUAAAUUGUUGAUGUGUUUUAUACAUCCAUUAACCCCUUAAGGACACAGCUUCAGAAGCUUGACUUACGCUUAAUGACACAAGCAAUUUUUGCAUUUUCUUGCUGUUUGCGUUCAACUGCAAUUUGCAUCUCUCUCAUUUAUUGCACCGACACACAUUAUAUACUGUUUUUUAAAGGACAGAAAGGGCUUUAAUUUGAUAUAACAUAUAGAUAUAUAAAUGCUUACUUAUUAUAAAAAAAAUACAGAAAAAUGCAAAAAAAAUGAAAAAUAUUGUUUUUUUUUUACAGUUUUUGCAAUAAUAAUGUGUGCAUAAUUAGUGCAGGUUAAGGAAAGUAAUUAAAAAUAAAUUUAUUUAUUUGUUCUGAUUUACAGAAUAUAUAAUGUGUCUGGGAUUUUAACCCCUUAAGGACGGAGCCAAAUGUACACGUUGUGAACAAAACAAAAUGUAAACAAAACCUGGCAUUUGCGCUACAUGUCUGUCCAACCGUAAUACACCUCUUUCAUAGUAAAUGCACCCACCCUUAUUAUAUAUCAUUUUAUUCAGGGGAAACAGGGCUUUCAUUUAAUAUCAAAUAUUUAGCUAUGAAACAUAAUUUAAUAUGAAAAAAAUGGGAGAAAAUACGAUUUUAUUGGAUUUUUUUAGUUCUACAUGACAUUUAAACGGUCAGUGUCAUAAUACUGUUUGCUUUUACUGCAAUAAAAUACACAUAUUUGUAUUCAGCAAAGUCUCACGUGUAAAACAGUACCCCCUAUGUACAGGUUUUAUGGCGUUUUGGGAAGUUACAGGGUCAAAUAUAGCACGUUACAUUUGAAAUUGAAAUUCGCCAGAUUGGUUACGUUGCCUUUGAGACUGUAUAGUAGCCCGGGAAUGAAAUUUACACCCAUAAUGGCAUACCAUUUGCAAUAGUAGACAACCCAAGGUAUUGCAAAUGGGGUAUGUCCAGUCUUUUUUAGUAGCCAUUUGGUCACAAACACUGGCCAAAGUUAGCGUUAGUAUUUGUUUGUGUGUGAAAAAUGCAAAAAACGCCAAUUUUGGCCAGUGUUUGUGACUAAGUGGCUACUAAAAAAGACUGGACAUACCCUGUUUGCAAUACCUUGGGUUGUCUACUAUUGCAAAUGGUAUGCCAUCAUAGGGGUAAUUUUCAUUCUUGGGCUACCAUAGGGUCUCAAAGGCAACGUAACCAAUCUGGCGAAUUUUAAUGUGAAAAAAUGAAACGCAAGCCUUAUAUUUGACGCUGUAACUUUUGAAAACACCAUAAAACCUGUACAUGAGGGGUACUGUUGUACUCGGGAGACUUCGCUGAACACAAAUAUUUGUGUUUCAAAACAGUAAAAAGUAUCAUAGCAAUAAUAUUGUCCGUUUAAUGCUGUUUGUGCGUGAAAAAUGCAAAAAACGUCACUUUUACUGGCGAUAUCAUCGUUGUAAUACAUUUUACUGUUUUGAAACACUAAUAUUUGUGUUCAGCGAAGUCUCCCGAGUAGAACAGUACCCCCCAUGUACAGGUUUUAUGGUGUCUCGGAAAGUUAUAGGGUUAAAUAUAGUGCUAGCAAAUUAAAUUCCCUUUACUUUCGGCAUGGGUUGUCAUGCAGGUCCUGCUAAUUGUAAUUAAUUAAGAUACCUAAUUAUGUAAAAAUAUUACAUAAAUAUAUAUGUAGAAUCAAUAUAUGUAUAUAUAUACGUAUGUGUAUAUAUAUGUAUAUAUCUAUAUAAUUUUUUAAAAUAUUUUUAUUUAUAUAUAGGUAUAUAUAUAGUGAUAUAUACGUAUAUAUUUAUGUGUAUAAAUAUAUAUAUUAUUUCGUUCUAUGUGUAUUUUGAUAUAUAUAUAUAUAUAUAUUAAUUUCACAAUACAGUUAGAACGAAAUAACACACAUCUAUAUAUUUUUUAAUUAUUUAUUUUUAAUUAUUUUUGUAAUUUUAUUUUUUAACGUAUUUACAUUUUAAUUUUUUUUAUAAUAUAUAUAAAUAUAUAUAUAACAAUAAUUAUAUAUAUAUUUAAUCAGUAUCAGUGUACGUGUAAUUUGAUAUUAAUAUAUAUAUAUAAUUAUAUAUAUAUUAAUAGUAAAAUACACCUAGACGGUGUACAUGUGUGUAUGUAUAUGUGUAUAUAUAUACUUUGAUCAUAUAUAUAUAAUAUAUAUAUAUGAUCUAAGUAUAUAUUAUUUAUUUUUUCACACUAUUUAUUUAUUUCAUUUUUAUUUUCAGCCAACAGGGGGACCACCUGUCAUUACAGGCAGCCCCCCUGCUGGCAAUACAGAAGCCAGCUAUCCCCGGCCAUGUGAUUGUGGGGUCCUCGCUAGGACCCCACUCUCACACGGCCGGGGGGCUUCCUGGAGAUUGCGUGCGGGGGCUCCCUGGGAGUCCCCUCGCCCGGCGUGGGACGCCGGCGACGAGGUACAGAAAGACCGAGCGUACUAUGCAGCCGGCGUUUAGAAACGCCCUAUUAGAGGGGCGUAAUAAUGCCCCUCGGUCUUAAGGGGUUAAGUUUUUUUUGGUAGUUACAGGUCACAAAGCACAAGGAGUAAAAUAAACUUUUAAUGUGGAGCGAUUUUAGAAUUUGGUAUGUUUGUCUUGUAAGCUUAAUAGCCAUAAAAGAAAACAAAAUUGCCACACAAAAGUAUAUAUUUAUAUAAAGUAGACAUCACAGGCUAUUUACCUAAGGUUAUUUUGACACUUUCUACGUAGCCAUUUCACCGCCAACCUCUGCUAAAUAUUGGAGUAAAAUUGUGUUCUUUUUGGUUUUUGGCACACAAACUUAUAACAGAGAAAUUCUUGUGUAUAUUUUGUAAAGUUGGUGUGUGCUAUUCCUGUACAAAGUUUUAUUUUGUGUUCAGUUACAUCUGCUGAGUAAAAUGACACCCCCAUUGUAUGUCUUUUGCACUAUUUCGUGAAGUUACAGUGCCAUACAGGAUACCUGUCCUUUUCAGUAUUCACAGUAGAAUUUUGAGAGAUGGAUUUAAUGAGCCUUAGCUUCCAUUUUGGGGUAUUAUAACAGUUUGGCUGUUCAAAAAACCCCCACAAAGGCCUACCAUUUGUAAAAGUAGACACUCCAGGGUAUCUUAUAAGGUGCAUAUUGUGCCUUAACAUGCCCCCAUUUUUUCACCAAUAUAUGCCAAAGUAUGUGGUAAAAAAUAAUUUUGUGCAUUUUUUACAUACGGAUUGCAUUUUUGCUGGGCGUUUUGUAUAUUUCAUAUGUGCCACUAAGUUCAAACCCCCCAAAUUAUGCUCAGCUAAGUCUUCUGAGUAAAAUGACACCCCAUAUGAAUGUCUUUGGCACUAUUUCGUGAAGCUACAGUGCCAUAUAGGAGACCUGUCCUUUACAGUAUUCACAGUAGAAUUUUGAGAGAUGGAUUUAAUGAGCCUUAGCUUCCAUUUGGGGUAUUAUAACAGUUUGACUGUUCAAAAACCCCCACAAAGGCCUACCAUUUGUAAAAGUAGACACUCCAGGGUAUCUUAUAAGGUGCAUAUUGUGCCUUAACAUGCCCCCAUUUUUUCACCAAUAUAUGCCAAAGUAUGUGGUAAAAAAUAAUUUUGUGCAUUUUUUACAUACGGAUUGCAUUUUUGCUGGGCGUUUUGUAUAUUUCAUAUGUGCCACUAAGUUCAAACCCCCCAAAUUAUGCUCAGCUAAGUCUUCUGAGUAAAAUGACACCCCAUAUGAAUGUCUUUGGCACUAUUUCGUGAAGCUACAGUGCCAUAUAGGAGACCAAGCCAUAUCCGUUUUUACCAAACUUUGAAUUUUGACGCUGGGCCUAUGUGCAAUUUCCAAGCAUCUUCGCAGGUUUUAAAUUCAAACUACCCCACAAAGGCCUACCAUUUCUUAAAGUAGACACCCCAGGGUGUUUCAAAAGGUAUAGUUUGAACCUUAGCGUGGGAUCAUUUUUCCGCUAGCUUGUACCAGAUGUAGUGGUAAUAAGCGUUUUUUCUGCCUUUUUGACAUACAAAGUGAGUUUGCACAGUAUAUUUUGCAAACCUUAUGUGUGCUACGACUGUAUAAUACUUCAUAUGUUGCUCAGCUAUGUCGGCUGAGUACAGCAAUACCCCCGUAUGUACCUUUGCCAGGUAUGUGUGGACAUCGGAGGGGCACAUUUGGGACACAGCCAUUCCAGUUUUUUUCAAACUUUGAAUUUUUAUGCUGUGCCUAUGUCCCAUUUUAGAGUAUUUUACCAGGCUAUAUAAUCCAAAUUCCCCAUAAAGCCAUACCAUUUCUUAAAGAAGACAUCCCAGGGUAUUUCAAAAGGCAUAUUUUGAACCUUAGCGUGGGAUCAUUUUUCCGCUAGCUUGUACCAAGUGUAGUGGUAAUAAGCAUUUUUUCUGCCUUUUUGACAUACAAAGUGAGUUUGCGCAGCAUAUUUUGCAAACCUUAUGUGUGCUACGACUGUAUAAUACUUCAUAUGUUGCUCAGCUAUGUCGGCUGAGUACAGCAAUACCCCCGUAUGUACCUUUGCCAGGUAUGUGUGGACAUCGGAGGGGCACAUUUGGGACACAGCCAUUCCAGUUUUUUUCAAACUUUGAAUUUUUAUGCUGUGCCUAUGUCCCAUUUUAGAGUAUUUUACCAGGCUAUAUAAUCCAAAUUCCCCAUAAAGCCAUACCAUUUCUUAAAGAAGACAUCCCAGGGUAUUUCAAAAGGCAUAUUUUGAACCUUAGCGUGGGAUCAUUUUUCCGCUAGCUUGUACCAAGUGUAGUGGUAAUAAGCAUUUUUUCUGCCUUUUUGACAUACAAAGUGAGUUUGCGCAGCAUAUUUUGCAAACCUUAUGUGUGCUAUGACUGUAUAAUACUUCAUAUGUUGCUCAGCUAUGUCGGCUGAGUACAGCAAUACCCCCGUAUGUACCUUUGCCAGGUAUAUGUGGAUGUUGAAGGGGCGCAUUUGAGACGCAGCCAUUCAGUUUUUUUCUAACUUUGAAGUUUUACGCUGUGUCCAUGUUCCAAUUUGGAGUAGUUUAGAUGGUUGGUUAUUGAAACUUCCCCACAAACACAUACUAUUUAUUAAAGAAUACACCCUGGGGUAAUUCAAAAGGCAUAUUUUGAACCUUGGCGUGGGAUAAUUUUUUCUCUAGUUUGCUCCAGGUGUAGUGGUAAUGAGCGUUUUUAAAAUGUAUUUUUUUACUUUUUAUAACUUUUUUACUUUUAAAAACUAGUUUUUAAACUUUUGUUUUGCUUAUAAAUUUUUUUUAAACUUUCCUAAACUUUCUUAAAACUUUUUUACAGAUUUAACAUUUUUCUAAGCUUUUUUUUUUACCGUUAACCCCUAACUAGCAGUACGCAGCAGUAACAGUAAAUUCCCCAUUUUCCCAUAACUCCCACCCACCCCAGCUAGCAAAAUAUAUAGUUAUAAAAUAUUUAAAUUAAUUAAAUAAAUAAAUUGAACCCCUGAGGGUUAAAAAAAUAAAUAAAAGUUAAUCCUCAGGGGUUAAAAAAAAUUAGAUCACAGUAUAAUACUGUGAUCUCUAUUUGAUCGCUGUAGGCAGUGAUCGACUGGCAGGGAAGGGGUUAAUUUUUAUUUGGACUAGGUAAAGUGUGUUUUUUUUGUUUUUUUUACUUAAAUGUUAUUAAAACAUUUUUUUAAGCUUAAUUUUUAACUUUUUAAAGUUUCUUUUAAAACUUUUUUUAACGUUAACCCCUAGUUAGCCUAACGCCAAAUCCCCCAAUUCCCCACUAACUUCCACCCACCCCAGCUAUCUAAAUAUAUAAUUAAAAAUAAUUUAAUUAAUUAAUUUAAUUAAUUUAACCCCUGAGGGUUAAAAAAAAAAAAUUAACCCUCAGGGGUUAAAAAAAAAAAUCAGAUCAUAGUAAAAUGUAAUCCCUGCCAAUUGAUCACUGUAGUCAGUGAUCAAUUGGCAGGGAAGGGGUUAAUUUUUUAUUAAAAUGGGUAAGGGGGGGGGACUUUAAAUAAACUUUAUUUUUUUUAACAGCAGGGGGCAGGAUCAGCACUGAUCCGGCUCCCUGCACUUCACACAGAACCCGGAAGUGCAGGGAGCCGGUAGGUAAGUAUACAGAGCACAUGUGCUCGCUCCGACUUGUGGUCAGAGCGAGCACAUGUGCUGGGCAGCUUGACCGGGUGCUCCCGGUAUGCCUCCAAUGCAGAGGCAUACCGGGAGCACCAUUAACCCCGCGAUCGCCGCGAUAGCGGCGAUCCGGGGUUAAUUUUACCGCGUGACGGACGAGGUCCGUCACCCGUCGUUAAGGGUCUCCCCUGUGUGACGGACCUCGUCCGUCACCCGUCCUGAAGGGGUUAACCCCCUUAAGGACCAAACUUCUGGAAUAAAAGGGAAUCAUGACAUGUCACACAUGUCAUGUGUCCUUAAGGGGUUAAACAAGUUGAGAUGGAGAGAUAGCUCAUUUCCUAAUGCUUCACCUUCACUAUAUUUAGUACUUUAUCGUGUCUCUAGGUUGGAUGUUCUGUUUCCUUCCAGCAGGGCUGAACUAGUCUUUUAACUUUUUUAAGAAGAUGAUGAAAUAAGCCCUUUACCCCUUAAGGACACAUGGCAUGUGUGACAUGUCAUGAUUCCCUUUUAUUCCAGAUGUUUGGUCCUUAAGGGGUUAAGUUGGGAAGUAACUGUACACCAAGAUAUUUAAUGGUUAAAGUGACCCUGUUACCAUCUGGGGACUUUGCAUAAUUUGCAAAGACACCCAACGGUGACAUCGCCGCUGGUAGGGUCCGGUAUCCGAGGGGCAGAUAAUAUGAGUUUAACUUACCUGGACCUGUCUCUCAUGGGAGCCACCAUCUUCUUCUGGUUGGUCCUGUUCUGAAGUGACAGGAGCCAAAUGUGCAAGAGUACAGCAUUGAAAUCAUGAAAGUUCCCGCGAGACCACAGGGUCGUCCAUAGACAGAGCCAAUUUACUGAUAGCUGAUGGGUGAUUGACACUUCUAGAUGGUGGUAGCUCCGCCCAGUGUCUGUAAGUGUCAGGUGUAGGAAAACUAUUUAGACAAGUAGUUUACUUUGUAUUAGUAUAUCUUUUGACUCUAUUGGAAUUUCAGUGAAACAAAGGCUUUAUUUUUAAGAAAUACUAAUUUUGUAGGGGGAGGGGCAAUGUUGCUCUAAAUGUAUUGAUAGCACCAUGCUAAUCCUUCACAGAAAUUGCUAGCAUUUUCAGGAUACAGUGGCUUAUGUCCUCUUUAGUAUUAGAUUGUUUUAUUGUAUUCAAGGCACAAAUGGUGCUGUGUUUCAUACUAGAAACUAAAGUGAUUUAAAAAAAAAUUCUUUAUUUUUGCAGUGCAUAUAGAUAUCACGACGCGCAUGUGGUACCUCAACGGCAAUCCACAUGCUCUUCAAUAACAGUUAUAACAGUGGGGUACAUGGUAAUACUGUACUUGCACAAUUUUAUAAAAGAGGUCAGUUCUAUUUUGAGUAGCUUAUGUGUAGGUUUAGUACGUGAAACAAGAAGAUGUUAAUGCAUAGAGAUUUGUCGAUCAGCUUUUCUUUGAGACUUGUAUAAGAUUGUAUGUUCAGUAAGAGUAAACAUGCACCAGUACAGUAAGAGUAAAUAGGAAGGUAGCAUGACAUGUCAUAUACUGCUAAACUAUGCCUCAUCUUGUGUUUUUAGUGAAUUAGCUUUGGGAACAGGGAAGUACGUCAUCACAGCAACAAUAAAGUGAUUUAACUCCAAAAUGACAGACAAUUGAGCAGGGAACCUAAACAUUUAGUUUGCUAACGUGCAUAUUAUGUGAAGAGUGUGAAAACUGGCAACUGGUCUUGUUACAUCCUGGUUUGGUUAGCUCAGUGGAGCUAAACUCAAAAGGCAGCAAUUGCCUAUAGAAACUACCUUGCAAAGACUUCUCAUUGAACUGCAUUGGGAAGUCUGUGAUUGGACAGCCACGUAAAGUCUGGGCGAGGUUAGCAGAAGAGGACUUGCAGAUCCAGCAGAUAAGAGAACUUUAGUUUUUGCAAGCUGUUUUUAGAUAUACCCACAAUGAUGACAAUGCAUAAUUAAGCCCUUAACCCCUUAACGACCGAGGAUGGUUCAGGACAGUCAUCUGUAUUUUUCCAUUGCCGACCGGUGACGGUCCUGAACCGUCCUAACGGUCUUAUGUACUUACCCGAUCGCCGGCGGUGCUCCCGGUGUGGGGAGACUGCCUGCAGCCCAGACAGUCUCCCCAUGGCGGAUUAGGACCCCUGUGGCCAUGUGAUCGCUCAACAGAGCAGUCACAUGGUCACAAUUGGUGUCCAUGUGUCUGCCUGCAGGGGGACUGUCUGUGCUGACAGGCAGUCUCCCUGUUAGUGUAAAAUCAUUAAAAAAAAAAAUUAAAGUUAAUGUUAAUAAAAAAAAAAAUUAUAUAUGUGUAUAUAUAUAUAUAUAUGAUAUAUAGACAUAUUAUAUCUAUAUAAUAUAUGUCUAUAUAUCAUAUAUAAUGUCAUACUAAGUGUAUUUUUCUAUUAAUAUGUACAUAUAUUAAUAUAAAAAUACACUUAUAAUUAAAUUACACAUAUAUAUAAUAUAUAUAUAAUAACUAUAUUGUAUAUAUAUAUUAUAAAAUACAAAUAAUAAGUAGAUUAAAUUAAAUUAAAAAAAAUGUAAAAUAAUAAAAAUGUAAAAAAAUAUAUCUAUAUGAAAUUUUAUUCUAACUGUAUUUUGAUAUUAAAAUAUAUAUAUUUAUAUCAAAAUACACUUAGAAUGAAAUUGUAAAUAUAUCUAUGUAUAUAUAAAUAAAUAAAAAUAAUACGAAAUAUACAUAUGUCCAUAUACAAAAUUACAUAAAUAAUUAUAUAAAUAUACACGUAGACUUCAAAUAUAUAAAUAUGCAUAUUUAAGUAAGUUUAUUAAUUGCAAUUUGAGGGACCUGCCUGACAACCCAGGCCGAAAGUCCAGAGAAUUUAAUUUGCUAGCACUGUAUUUUACCCUGUAACUUUCUAUGACACCCUAAAACCUGUACAUGGGGGUACCAUUUUACUCGGGAGACUUCGCUGAACACAAAUAUUAGUGAUUCAAAACAGUAAAACAGUGUAACUAUGUAACUAUCACAGCAAUGAUAUUGUCAGUGAAAGUGACUUUUUUCGCAUUUUUCACACACAAACAGUACUUUUACAGAUGAUACAGGGAGUGCAGAAUUAUUAGGCAAGUUGUAUUUUUGAGGAUUAAUUUUAUUAUUGAACAACAACCAUGUUCUCAAUGAACCCAAAAAACUCAUUAAUAUCAAAGCUGAAUAUUUUUGGAAGUAGUUUUUAGUUUGUUUUUAGUUAUAGCUAUGUUAGGGGGAUAUCUGUGUGUGCAGGUGACUAUUACUGUGCAUAAUUAUUAGGCAACUUAACAAAAACAAAUAUAUACCCAUUUCAAUUAUUUAUUAUUACCAGUGAAACCAAUAUAACAUCUCAACAUUCACAAAUAUACAUUUCUGACAUUCAAAAACAAAACAAAAACAAAUCAGUGACCAAUAUAGCCACCUUUCUUUGCAAGGACACUCAAAAGCCUGCCAUCAAUGGAUUCUGUCAGUGUUUUGAUCUGUUCACCAUCAACAUUGCGUGCAGCAGCAACCACAGCCUCCCAGACACUGUUCAGAGAGGUGUACUGUUUUCCCUCCUUGUAAAUCUCACAUUUGAUGAUGGACCACAGGUUCUCAAUGGGGUUCAGAUCAGGUGAAUAAGGAGGCCAUGUCAUUAGAUUUUCUUCUUUUAUACCGUUUCUUGCCAGCCACGCUGUGGAGUACUUGGACGCGUGUGAUGGAGCAUUGUCCUGCAUGAAAAUCAUGUUUUUCUUGAAGGAUGCAGACUUCUUCCUGUACCACUGCUUGAAGAAGGUGUCUUCCAGGAACUGGCAGUAGGACUGGGAGUUGAGCUUGACUCCAUCCUCAACCCGAAAAGGCCCCACAAGCUCAUCUUUGAUGAUACCAGCCCAAACCAGUACUCCACCUCCACCUUGCUGGCGUCUGAGUCGGACUGGAGCUCUCUGCCCUUUACCAAUCCAGCCACGGGCCCAUCCAUCUGGCCCAUCAAGACUCACUCUCAUUUCAUCAGUCCAUAAAACCUUAGAAAAAUCAGUCUUGAGAUAUUUCUUGGCCCAGUCUUGACGUUUCAGCUUGUGUGUCUUGUUCAGUGGUGGUCGUCUUUCAGCCUUUCUUACCUUGGCCAUGUCUCUGAGUAUUGCACACCUUGUGCUUUUGGGCACUCCAGUGAUGUUGCAGCUCUGAAAUAUGGCCAAACUGGUGGCAAGUGGCAUCGUGGCAGCUGCACGCUUGACUUUUCUCAGUUAAUGGGCAGUUAUUUUGCACCUUGGUUUUUCCACGCGCUUCUUGCGACCCUGUUGACUAUUUUGAAUGAAACGCUUGAUUGUUCGAUGAUCACGCUUCAGAAGCUUUGCAAUUUUAAGAGUGCUGCAUCCCUCUGCAAGAUAUCUCACUAUUUUUGACUUUUCUGAGCCUGUCAAGUCCUUCUUUGACCCAUUUUGCCAAAGGAAAGGAAGUUGCCUAAUAAUUAUGCACACCUGAUAUAGGGUGUUGAUGUCAUUAGACCACACCCCUUCUCAUUACAGAGAUGCACAUCACCUAAUAUGCUUAAUUGGUAGUAGGCUUUCGAGCCUAUACAGCUUGGAGUAAGACAACAUGCAUAAAGAGGAUGAUGUGGUCAAAAUACUAAUUUGCCUAAUAAUUCUGCACUCCCUGUAUAAUUGUUGUGAUAUGUUUUCCUGUUUUGAAACACUAAUAUUUGUGUUCAGAAAAGUCUCACGAGUAUAACAGUACCCCCCAUGUACAGAUUUUAUAGCGUUUUUGAAAGUUACAGGGUCAAAUAUAUGGGUCAAAUAUUUUUACAUUGAAAAUGGCCAGGUUGGUUACGUUGCCUUUGAGAGCGUAUGAUAGCUCAGGAAUGAAAAUUACCCCCAUGAUGUCAUACCAUUUGCAAUAGUAGACAACCCAAGGUAUUGCAAAUGGGGUAUGUCAAGUCUUUUUUAGUAGCCACUUAGUCACAAACACUGGCUAAAAUUGGCGUUCAAAUUAGUUUUUUGCAUUUUUCACACACAAACAAAUAUUAACACUAACUUUGUCCAGUGUUUGUGACCAAGUUGCUACUAAAAAAGACUGGAUACCCCAUUUGCAAUACCUUGGGUUGUCUACUUUUGCAAAUGGUAUGCCAUCAUGGGGGUAAUUCUUAUUCCUGGGCUACCAUACGGUCUCAAAGGCAAUGUAAUCAAUCUGGCGAAUUUCAAUGUGAAAAAACUGAAAAAUGUAACAUUCUAUAUUUGACCCUGUAACUUACCAAAACACUAUAUAACCUGAACAUAGGGGGUGCUGUUUUACACGUGAAACAUCGCUGAAUACAAAUAUGUGUAUUUUAUUGCAGUAAAAGCAAACCGUAUUAUGACAUUCACAGUUAGAAUGUCACAUAGAACUAAAAAACUGUUUCAAAUUCUUAUUUUCUCCCAUUUUUUUUACAUUUUAUUCAUAUUAAAUUAUGUUUCAUACUUAAAUAUUUGAUGUUACAUGAAAUCCCUCCUUCCCCUGAAUAAAAAGAUAUAUAAUAAGUGUGGGUGCACAUAAUAUGAAAGAGGUGAAUUACGUCUGAACAGACAUAUAGCGCAAAUUCAAGUUUUUGUUUACGUUUUGUUUUGAUCACAUUGUGCACAUUUGGCUCAGUCCUUAAGGGGUUAAAUGCAUGCAUGUUUUCAUUUGGAGUAUAUCUACAAAAUAGUGUUGUUUUAUUUAUUUUUUUGUAUUUGGGCAGUGGAGUAUUCCUUUAAGCUACAAUUCUUCUGCUGCUUAGAGUAUCCUUUUAAAUUCGUGCUAUAGCAAUUGUGAUUGUCAGGGUAGGAUGUUAUAUUAGCUAUGUUUUUUUAUUCAUUAUCACAAUCAUUAUCAUAUGAAGAAGACUGUAGAGGUAAAUCCUGGCUAAUUUAUUUGUUUGGGUGUAAAAUCAAAGGAAUCUAAUUAGUUUGUACCACCUGAAAAGCAUUAAUGCACAAGUCUAGAUAUAUAAUGAGAAUGCGCAUACAGUUUGCAUGACACUUGUGGCCCCCUACUUGUUUUCUAAAUUAUUUAUAGUUUUAUACAGUGCUUGCUGGAAACUCAUGCAGUCAAACUGACUUUAUUUGGUAACAGUAUAGGAAUUAAUCCCGAAUAAUUUAUGAGUUAUAACAAUUCUAGAUAAUUUGAGGGUAUUUUCUUCUUAUUUACUUAAGUUGAAUCUGAAUCUUUGUACAUUUCAGACAAAUUGAACUGAAUGUAUUGAACUUGGAAGCUGCAAACUAGAAAACUUACCUCCCAGAUUGCAGGGACAGCAUGUGGUAUCAUUAGUGUUGGUUAUGAAAUAUGUUUCCAGCAUGCCAUGGCUAACAAAGGUUUUAAGAGGGGACAGUUGCUUCACGCAUUCUAAUAGCUUACUAAAAGUCUUUUUGCAUUUUUUUUUGUUUUUUAAAAUUUUUUAUUUUGUCUCAUUUCAAGAGGAAUGGCAUCAAGUUCACAUUGGGUACAACAGCACUUUGUACAUCAACAAAGAAAGUCAUAGGUACGAUUGUCAUCACAGUAAAAUGGUGUUCAUAUAUAGCAAAGAGUAGCAUGGGUGCUGUUAUAGAGAGAGAAGUGGGGAGAGGUAUUUUAUUUAUAAUGGUAGCAUGAAGUGCUGUAGUGCACAGAUAUCGUAUGUGAGCACCCUGGGUUGGAGAUUGAGUGGGUGUAAGGAUGUUGCCUUAAUGUAAGUGGGACUCCCAGGGGGGUAGUGUUGUGUUGCUAACAAUAUUAUUAUAAUAACUCGGCCGCGAGCCGAUUGGGAUAAAUGACCUCAGGUGCGGGCGGAUGGUCUGAGUCUGGGCAAGAUUAAUCCUUUGGUGGCUGCCCCAGAGCCCUCGGGUAGCGUAGGAUCUAGAGUUGUAGUGGAAUGUGCUAACUAGAGGCUAGGGUGUCGCAGUGUUAAACUAUAAAAAUAUAGAAAGACAAUGAAAAGUUAAGCAUAACUAUAACAAUAUGUAAGCUGUUAAGCUGUUUGGUAGAAUGUGGGGGUAAGUCUCUGAGUGUGGCUGGUUAUCCCCAUGAGUCUCUGGGCCUGUCUAGGUCACAUCGCUGGUAAGUUGUGAGGGUAUCGGUGCUCGAAGCAUGAAUUCCCGGAUGGUCGCUGGGUCCAGGCAUGACAAGUUCAUUGCGGUGUUCUUUGUCUUUUGCAGAAUGCCCAGUGUGCUCAUGUGGUGUGCUCAUGUGGUCCUCCAGUGCCUUGUAGGUUCCAGCUCUGUGUAUCGUGCCUUGCAUUGUGUACAGAAGUGCUCAUGGCAGUCACCAUCUGUAAGGGAUCUCUCUUUCUAUCAGUUGCUGCAGAAGGGGUCUCAGGGGCCGACGCCAGUCUAGCGUAUUUCUGGGAAUAUUAGUAGCGAGGCUCCCUCAAGUGUGAUCAAGGUUUUCCCUUUUAUCGCUGCUUGAAGCAGUGCUUUAUCUUGCAGAGAUUGGAGUCUGAGAAUUAGGUCUGGUGUUGCUCAAGAUGGUACACCUGCCAGUUUGGGAAGGCGAAACAUGCCAUUAAGUUUAAUCGCUUUAGCGCUUUUAGGUGGGAGAAGGGCAGCCAUGAAUCUCCUGAUAACAUGAGGUAAGUCCUCCAUAGUCACAGUUUCCAGGAUCCCCCGUAUCUUUAAAUUGUAUCAUCAUCUUUGGUCUUCCAGGGCGUCUAUCUUCUCAUCUGCUUGUUGCUGCCGCUGCUUUAGGCCCUGUUCCACUGCACUAAGUCUGGUAUCAUGCUUACUGUGUGCAGCUUCAAGCUGGGUGACUUGCAUUGCUACACCGUCCACAGCUUUUUGGAAGCGGGCCAUGUCCCCCGCUAUGUUGGUGCGUAGCUCGGCGAGCAUUGUGCGAAGUUGUGCUGCUGUGACCGUCUCCCUUUCCCCACUCCUGGGUGGCUUGUCCCAUGCGGCCUGCUGUGAUCUCCUGAACAGUUCCCCUAUGCUCUGACCCGGCGGACUUUUGUCGGCCUUUUUUUGCGGCCCAUGGUGUUCCCGUGGUGUUCCCGGCGGUCGGGUAGGUACUUUCAGCCACUCUGGAGUUGGAUUUCUAAAGAAAAAACUGCAUAAUUUAGGCUUUGGUUGAGGAGCUCAGGAUAGAUGCGACUGCUCUGGCUCACAGCUAGGCUCCGCCCCCCAUCUUUUUGCAUUUUUAAAACAUCAACAGCAAAAAAAGCUAUUUUAUUUAUAAAACUGUGAUGGUAGAGAUACAUGUCCCAUUAUUGCUUGUUUAAAGGAACAUUAUAGUCACACAGACCAUGUCAUAUCAAUGACGUGUUCUUGAUAAAGUCAGUGAUCCUUUAGUCUUAAUUUUAAACUUUUUGAGAAACUUUAUUGUUUUUACAUUGUAGGGUUAAAUUCACCUCUAGUGGCUCUCUUGGGUCUCCAAUUCAUUGAUUCUAUAUGAGGAGCAAUGGAUUAGAGGAGAUUGCAAAGACAUCAGCAAGCAUGCUGUCACCUUCGAUGGUGGAAUCUUCGGAAGAGAAGUCCUGGAGAGGUAAACAACGUGAGUAAUAUUUAACUUUAAUUUUGAAUAUUAUGUCUAGUACUGUACCUCUACAUAGCAUCCUGUAAAGAUAGAGGUUCCCCUCAGUAGGUGACAGGGUUUUCCACAAUAGUGAGAAGUGAAUUUCAAAUUUAAGGCCAACAUAGCUAAUGUUCCCAACAUCAGUGUCACCUCAGCUUUUACAUGUAAAAAAUUCAGUGAGUCAAUGAUCCUUUAUUUACCUUUUUCCAGCAGCGAAACUCAGUCCUUCCAGCUUGCUCUUCCGCCUCCCUUUUGCUGGUGUUUUACUGACUUCUUCUCCAAUCACAUACUUCUUUUAGAGAAGGAUUGUGGGCAAAAAGCACAUGCGUGAUAUUGGCUGCUCUCUGCCAAUCAAAUGCUUCUCAUAGAUAACAUGAAUGGAAGGGGUAGGGGGGAUUAUGAAUGGAAGGGGUAGAGAAUAUUGAAAUGUUAAGAAGUGAGUCUGACUUGGUUCUCCCUGUGAAAGAACAAUCUGGUUACUCUUACAUCCACUAGAGGUGUGUUUAGCCCUGCAAUGUAAACAUUGCUGUAUCUCUGAAAUGGCAAUGUGCUACAUUGUACACAGGCCACUUUUUUUUUUUUUAGAAAAAGAAGUGGUCUUGCUGCUUAUAGUGUCGCUUUAAAAAUAAAAGUAUAUAUUUAUCUGCCCUCCUACCCCCACAGACCCACAAUAUCUCCCCCUAUACACACAACUACCCCCCACAUAUACACACAGUGCCCCCCACAUACACACACACUGCACCCUAUACACACAAACAGUACCCCCUCACACACUGCCCCCCCCACACACUGUACACCUUAUACAACCUGCCCCCACAUACACUGUAUCCCUCACGCGCAAACUGCCCCACAUACACACACACUGCACCCCUCACACACACAUACUGUAUCUUUCACAAACACAAUGCACCCCCAUACACUCACUGCACACCACACACGCACACUGCUCCCCUCACACACACACACGCACUGCACCCCUCACACAUAUACACACAUAUUGCACCCCUCAGACACACUACUGCCCUUAUUCCCUACUACAGCCCUAAUCCCGGGAGAUCCCAGGUAAGUUGUCAAACUAUUCUCAAACAGUUUGACUACUUACUCUGGGAGGGCACUACUGGCACCAUAACCACUAUAAAGUGCUGCAGUGGUUAUUGUGCCUGGAUUGUGUCUUUAAAUAAUCUACCAGUGCCCCUCCCAAGAUUAGGUUCUGGAUCUGCGCUUGAACGUCAAACAUUUCUGCCGAACAGGGGCCCAGUACAUGCUGCUGCGCUGUACAUAAAUACAACCUAGGAAAUUAUUUUUAACUUGCGUGCCUUGAACCUAAAAAGUUUGGGAACCAGUGCUCUACCAUUUAAUAGUUAAAUUACAGUUGUUUCUGUCCAUGUAGCCCUAGCUGAAGGCAUGGUCUCUAGCGCCCUUGGUGAGGAGUUGUAUCGGCGCCCUCCCUGCGCCCCAAUUUGUAGCUGCUGUUCCACAUAGCAUGAAUCUUAUAUAAGUGCUCCACCAUGUAAAGAGAAGCUAUAGAAACAGAUCUAGCAUUAUAUUUUGUUUCCUAAUCCUCCUUGUCUCAUACAUUUUUUUUCUAAAAGGGAACUAAAAGUUCAGAGGUUUCUUAGGAAUAAAGUUCUGCCAGUCAUCCAAAGCCCUCCCCUCUAUUGAAAUUAGGAGAACUCCUACAAACCCUUUAAUCUGUUAGUGCAUAUGGAAUAGCAAAAGCUCUAUAUACAAUGCUUUCCCAAUAAUGCCAAUGAUGAUAUGUGUUAUCAACAUCAAUUCAGAGGCUUCAAUGCAUAUGGAGACACUGACCCGGAAAGCACCUCUAGUGACCGUCUGAUUGACUGCCGCUAGAGGCGUCCCUAGGCAAUAAUGUAAACAUUGCCUUUUCCCUGAACCAGAUAUCAGAUAUUAACUUUUUAUAGCCUGCUCUGUAAAUUGAGCUUUAAACACGGGAAGCUCCUGCAAGGUUUACCAAGCUGUUAACAGAGCAGAAGAUAAGAAAUUCGAAAUUAAACAAAUUUUGCAAUAAAUUAAGUGUAAACAUUAGAUCUCACUUUACAGUAAGUGUUUAUGAAGGAUCUGUAAGUCAUAUGCAGGUAUUUGUGACUAGGCCUUCGAUAACAAAGUGAUUUAACACUGACUGCAGGGGCAUAAACUAUACACCAAAGCUGCCUCAUUAGGCUAAAGUUGUUUUAGUGGCUAUAGUUUCCCUUUAAAUAUUUUAAUAUCUCUGGUAGUCACAUUGGGCUUUAGCAUACCUUAUGAUCAUCAAACACACUGCUCUACUUGCAGGUAUUUACUUUAUGGUUAUAUACUAAAGUGAGAAUUCAAAGAGAAGUUCAAUUUUUUAUUUUUUAUUUUAUUCUUUAUUUUGGUCACUCAGCAUGUUAAAAAGAAAUACAUUAUGUGGGCUGUUGCCCUUAGAGUUCACAUACAGUAAUAAAAGCAUAGUUAUUAUCUUGUACAUAGCAUCAUGAGUUAUUUUUUUUGUUUUUUUUAAAACAAGUUAGUCAACAGGUAUAAUAAAAUAAGAUAAGCCCUACUGGGCAUAUAAGUAAGGUAUAUUCAAUAACGGUAUGUCUCGCGUAAGCUUAAGUUCUCGGGGGAUUUACGUCUACAGGGAUUUACGUCAGUAGGUUAUCUUAACUCUAUUAUGGGGGAGGGUAGAAGUCGGAGCUAGCGCUAGAAUGAACAUCUCUUACAUAUGACCACACUAUGUGUGGGCCCAUUUGCAUAAGGCUGUAUUUGAAUGACAUGAGAUUGUAAAUGGGGAGAUAUAUCAGGCCACUCUAACGUUUCUAGAUAUGUAAGGUAUUUAGGAUUAUGAGAUCAAAAGCAAAGUAAUAAAGUAAUAACCAUUAAGCAAAAUAACAUUUAUAACUUGGUGAGUAUAAUCACGGGUUGUGGUGGCGGAAUUUGUGGCAUCCUGAAGGAUGUAAAAUCGUCCGUUCAGUAUAGUUCUCUCAGGCUGUGUCGCCUGCUGGCGUACUGCUUUGAGACGAUCUGGGUAUAAAUUCCCUUACUGUAGUGGGGUCUAGCCGGGUCAAGGUGGUCGUGGACUCCGUUCGCGGAGCUGUCAGGCCCAGCCAGCCCAGAUGUUAGUCUAGUUCCUGUGGGCUCCUCACCCCGUAGGUAGUCCCUUGGAAGGUGAAAGUGAUAAGUCGCGGCACAACCCAGCGGUACUUUUACAUCUCAGGUGUUAUAGGCUCGGUUGAAGCGAUUUGCGCCAGCUGAGUGUGCUCCUCGUCAAGUCAGGGAACAGUAUUAUAUGGGAGUCCUCGAAUGACAGAGGUGUUUUCCCUCGGGCCGCUGCUAAUGAAGCGGUCUUGUCUUGAAGGGUUGGAAACCUCACAAUAAGGUCUGCUGUAUCAGUUGGGGGUGUUUUUGCCGAUUUGGGCAGGCAGAAAAUUCCAUCUAUUUUCACGCGUUUUACAUAGUUAAAUAGUUACAUAGCUGAAAGGAGACUUGCGUCCAUCAAGUUCAGCCUUCCUCACAUUUGUUUUUUGCUGUUGAUCCAAAAGAAGGCAAAAAAACCAGUUUGAAGCACUUCCAAUUUUGCAACAAAAAAAAAUUCCUUCUUGACUCCAGAAUGGCAGUCAAUUUAUCCUUGGAUCAAGCAGUUAUUACCCUAGAUUGAAAGAUUAUAUCCUUGAAUAUUCUGUUUUUGCAAGUAUCGAGUAGCUGUUUGAACAUCUGUAUGGACUCUGAUAAAUCCACUUCUUCAGGCAGAGAAUUCCACACCCUUAUUGUUCUUACAGGAAAAAAAAACCUUUCCUUUGCCUUAGACGAAAUCUUCUUUCUUCCAGUCUAAAUGCAUGACCUCGUGUCCUAUGUAAAGUCCGGUUUGUGAAUAGAUUUCCACACAAUGGUUUGUAUUGGCCCCGAAUAUAUUUGUAUAAUGUUAUCAUAUCCCCUCUCAUGCAACGUUUUUCUAAACUAAAUAGGUUUAAAUUUGUUAACCUUUCUUCAUAGCUGAUAUGUUCCAUUCCUUUUAUUCAUUUUGUAGCCCGCCUCUACACUUUUUCUAGUGACAUAAUAUCCUUCGUUUGAACGGGUGCCCAAAAUUGCACAGCAUAUUCAAGAUAUGGUCUUAUCAGUGAUUUAUAAAGAGGCAAAAUUAUAUUCUCAUCCCGGGAAUGAAUGCCCUUCUUCAUGCAUGCUGAUUGACAUUGUUGCAUAUUUUGUUGUCUAUAACAAUUCCCAAGUCCUUUUUAUGUGUUGUUAUCCCUAAUUCGCUUCCAUUAAGGGUGUACGUUGCUUGUGUAUUCUUUACGUCGAAGUGCAUAACUUGGCAUUUUUCAACAUUAAAUUUAAUCUGCCAUUUGAGUGCCCAGUCGCAGUCUAUCUAAAUCCCUCUGCAUCAAAGUAAUAUCUUGCUCACAUUGUAUUAUUUUACAGAGUUUUGUGUCAUCUGCAAACACUGAAACAUGACUUUCAAUGCUUUCUUCAAGAUCAUUUAUAAACAUGUUAAAUAGAAGGGGUCCCAGAAUAGACCCCUGAGGGAAACCACUUGCCACCUCUGUCCAGCUUGAAAAUUUACCAUUAACGACAACUCUUUGUACUCUAUUUUUAAGCCAAUGUUCUACCCAAGAACAAGCAUUUUCAUCUAGACCGAUUUCAUUGAGUUUGAACACUAAUCUAUUGUGUGGAACUGUUUCAAAUGCCUUGACAAAAUCCAAAUAGAUCACAUCCACUGCAACACCCCAAUCUAUACUUCUACUUACUUCUUCGUAGAACGCAAUCAAGUUAGUUUGACAUGACCUGUGCUUCAUAAAACCAUGCUGAAUUUUGCUGAUAACCAUGUUUUUCGCAAGAAAUUCUUGAAUAUUAUCCCUUAAUAACCUUUCAAAUAUUUUCCCAGCCACAGAAGUUAAGCUCACAGGUCUAUAAUUUCCAGGCAAGGAUUUUGAACACUUUUUGAAUAUAGGAACCUGUUUGCCUGUUUAGGUUGUAGUAAUGUUGCCAAUAGGCGCCUCACAUGGUGUGGGACUCCUAUGUCAUCAGGUACCCCUCUGAUCUUUAAGUUAUUUUUCCUUCUGUUGUCCUCCAGGGCCUCCACUUUCUCAGAUGUGCCAAGUUGUUGUUUGUGGAGAUCUGAAAUUCUCUGUUCCAGAAUAGUUAUGCGUGUGUCUUGGGAGUUUGCAGUGGCCUUUAUGGCCUCCUUGAAGCUUGCUCGGUCAGCAGCUUGCCUGAGUUCUGUAAACAUUUUUGUCAACAAGGCUGCAGUGACCGGGUCUCCUGCUGGAGAUGUCUUGGUCUUGUGCCCUUUGGAUGGAUUUAUCCAUGCGCCUUCUCCCAGGUUUGGGUAGGCUUCCUCUGAGAAGUCAGAAAAUCCGUCUUCCCCAGCGCCAUUUUCUCCCAUGCAGCCUUCUGUGAGUUCUGCAGGAGUUCACCGAUGUUGUGGCUGUGAGGGAGUUUGUCCGGCCUUGGUUUUUUGUUUUUCUUAUCCAUCAUCACCUCUCCAACAGGUAGACAAGGUAUGGGAGAGGUAGGUGCCUAAUUUCCGCCAGUAAAUCUGUUUUUUUGCUUGCGUUGGUACGGAGCUUUCCAAGAUGCAUCCGUGCUGGUCUGCAGCUAGCUCCGCCUGAGAAGUUCAAAUUUAAAGUCAGAGUAGCCAAACAUGGAGCAUAGCUGAGUUAGAGAUUUUUUUCUAGUUUGGCAAUCUUAAACUUAGAUUUCAAAAUAACUUUGAAUUCACUUGAAUUUUCACUUUAGUAAAUAAUCCUGUCAGUAUUUUCCAGCCUGUAUAUAAUUGUGCUUUAGGAUGGACCUUAUGACUCACCAGUUCCCAAAAACUGCCGGCUAUAGGCACAAGUGACUAAUUAGUCAUCUGCUCGUUAGAAAAGGCACUGGAAAUGUUUUUAUGAGAUGUGACGCGGAGGUUUAUUAACUAAAUAAAGAACUGCAGUGAAUUAACAGAACACUACAAACACCAACUAGUGGUUAUGGUAUCAGGACUGCCCUGGCAACUCCCAGUAUAAGUAGUGAAACCGUUAAAGAUUUAGUUGAUCCUUCCCUCCUCGCCUGUCUUCUUCCAAUGCUGAGAUCUGGAAGCUCCUUUCCUAAGCCUGGUAGUGCAGGGCUGCCUCAUCGGCUAAGAGUUUCUGAGAGUUCUCAGCCAAUAAUCUAAGCCCUGUAUCGUCACUUAAGAAGUCAAACCAUUACCAAAUUUACGUAGGGGAGGCUCCAGGACACUCCUGGCACCAUAUCCCUUGUGGUGCGCUGUUAUGGUUAUGGUGCUUGAAGUGUUCUUUUAAAAUCCAAAUUAGAAUCUCACUUGAUAUUAACGUAUCACAAAUCCACCUCUCUAUGACUCGCCUAUUUAGCAUAUCAAGUCACAAACUAGUUCUCUAUUACAUAUUAAAAAUUAAGUGAGCAUGUACUUAUUUCAUACUGUCUCGAAUAUUAUAGAUGGUCCAUCUCCAACAAUGAGCAAUACAAAUGAAUAGACAAGCGUCUGGAGUUCAAAUUGUUAAAAUCCAUUAUAAUUCCAACAAUAAUUUAUAUAAAAUGCUCUGAGCUCCACUUUAAAGCCUUAUUUUAUCUGUUUGACAAGUUUUUUGUACAAAAGCUUGCAUGGACAAGAUGCUGGCACCAUGACCAUUUUAGCAACCUCAAUUCACUAUGGUACCUAUACUAUUCAUUUAAAAAAUCUCUAGAAAAGUGGGCAAUAGUUUUUUUUAUAUAUCAUAUGUAUAUGUAUAUCAUAUGUGUACCCAAUCUGAAGAAAUGUUUUGCCAAAGUAGCAAAUACUUUAAAUUUUUUUGUUCUUGGCCUCAGUGCUGCCAGCAUUUAAUUUGCAACAAUAUCUGAGCACCACCCACACAUGGUUUAAUUUUAAAUAUAUACACUGAAGUAGUAUUUAAAAAAUAAAUACAAGUUUUAUAUAUAUAAUAUAUAUAUAUAUAUAUAUAUAUAUAUAUAUAUAUAUAUAUAUAUAUAUAUAUAUAUAUAUAUAUAUAUAUACUUUUUAGUUUAAAUUGAAACGUUGGUGUUGGCUAAUAUUUCAAUGUUGAGCUUUUAAAGAAAAAUGUGAGCAAUAACAAUCCUAACCUCAAAAUUGUAAGUCUGACUUUAACUGAAAAAGGAAUUAGCUGUGUCUCAGUGUUGCCAUUAUAUGAAAGAAUAGCAACACUCGAAUAGAGGAAACACGUCAGCAUAUGCAGCAGGCUUCUCGGCUGAUUGCGGGAAUGGGAAAUAAAACUGCAUUCUUUGGAGUCAGCAAUAACAAUUUAAGCUGCACUUGGUGUCUGCCCAGAGGAAAUUCCUUCUUCAGAUACAACGGGUAGUUGAGGACUUGAACAGUUGAACAGUUCACUCUAAUUAGCUGCAUUGAUUACACCAUCAGCACCUCGUAUUGAAUGCACACUGCAUUUCAUUUUAAAGCUUUUCAACUCGCAGAUGGGAGAAAUCAAAUAGGCUGCUGGGUGCCAGCUAAGUGUUUUAUUAAGCAUGUGCCAUUAAGCUGAGAGAUGGACAAAGUGCCCUUUGUUUUCUCAGCAAGCAAUUCAGUAUGCCCUGUGUUUAUUGAUCUAAUAUUGCUUUCUAGCAGAGCUAAUUUGGAAACUUUUGGGUACAACUACAGAAAUAUAAGAUGUUUACAUUCUGCAAUUAGGGUAAGCAGAAAUAUCUGCUCAAGAGUUUUAAACUACCCAACUGAAGAUAGCAGGUUGCCCCUUGUCAUUAUUACAAGUCAGAUGAAUGUUGAAAAAUGUCUAGAAAAAAAAGAGCUACUCCACCACUUCUAUUCAAUGUAGAAUACAUGUUGCCAAGGUAUAUAUGGACACCACCUUAUAGUGAUUUACCCUUGCUAAAAAUAUAUGUAGAGGGACAUCAUGUAAAAAUUGCUUUAUGUCUUAUGAUUCUCAACCACAGUUAUGGCAAAAAAAGUAUCAGAAAACCACCAGUUUAACAAGUAGCAUUGAUCCUGAUUUGAGGGCGAUCCUUUUUGUAGAUCAAAAGACUAUAUUACAAACAUCAAAGGUAGAUGAUUAGAGGAGUGACAUCAUUCAAAAGUUGGGUGAAAUAUUUUAAAAGGACACUCCACAUUUAGAAGUUUUUCUUGCAAACUUAACUGUAAAAUGUUUAGCUGUUUUUGAUACUUUCUUCAUAAUACCUGGCGCCCAAAGUCACUUGCAGCUAAACUAAGUGUUAAGUAUGGUAGAGGGUAAAGUAGGUAGGGGGAGCUAAGACCGUGUACUUCAUUUUCUAAUCUACAGGCUUUGGGAUAGAGGGUAUUGAUAUGUACUGUCAAUGGGUUCUUGAGCCCAUGACACAUUUGAAUGGACAAAAAGAUGCCUAAAAAGCACCAAAAUAUAUGGGAAUCACUUUGUUUCCCAUCUCCACAGCUUUUGAGAAAGUGUUAGUAGUGAACCACAUGAAUUUUCUUGCUUUGUUCUCCUUGUACCCCUUGGCUCCGCCCACCCUCUGUGACAUCAUCAAAUGGCGAUUUUUUUUUCCCAUAGGAAAAGCAUUGCAUUGGCUAAAAUCGACACAGGGCGGGGCCAAAUCCUGUUUUGGCCAAUCAGGACGUCCUCGUAGAGAUGCAUUGAAUCACUGCAUCUUUAUGAGGAAAAUUCAGUGUCUCCAUGCAGAGCAUGGGGACGCUGAACGACAGGGCUGCUUAAUGUGCAGCCCUGUGCCAGGAAGCCUCUCCAGUGGCCAUCUAAGGAGUGGCCACUUGGAGGUGUCCCUAGGGGCAAUGUAAACACUACCUUUUCUCUGAAAAGGCAGUGUUUGCAUCAAGUCUGAAGGAAGCUAUUAUACUCACCAGAACAACUACAUUAAGCUGUAGUUGUUCUGGUGACUAUAGUGUCCCUUUAAAAUAUCUGCACAUCAUGACAGUGCAGAGAAAGCAAACAACGUUUCAGAUAUUAGAAGUGAAGACUAUUAUGCUUAUUUUAUCCAUGAUCACUUGUGAUAGGUUCUUUUAACGUGUUUAAGUGCUGUAAAAGAAAUACCCCUACUCAAACUCUCUAUUGUUGAUAUAGAGAUAAUGUAAGCGAGACAUGUUAUUUAUAACUGGAUUGGAGUUGUACUAACACAAUCACGCGGUAUGUUAAAUGGCACUGUUAUAACAGGUUGAACCAUGGUCUGCUCUCCACAGGGCUUUUUGUCUUUCGGGAAGCUUCUGGUGCAUGGCUAGUGUUUGUUCAGUGAAAUGUCAAACAAGAGCCUCCCAUCUGUUCACAGAAUUGCUUUUUGUAUACUGUAGUUUGCACAGUUUUUGUCACACUUUUUAUGCGGCUAUAAAUAUCAGUUCAUUUGUAGGGCAUCAUUUCUCUCAAUUAUAGUAUUGGUGCUAAAUAACCCCAAACAUCAGCUGAGCCCAAUAAAUACUAAUUUGAAAAAUAAAUCACUAUCAAAGCAAAACAUGAUAUUUUGGGUGCAAAGUGUAGACUGAUUCUGUUGGUUUUCAUUGUGAUUGUUCAAUAUUUAGCAAUUUAUGCUAGAAUAGCAUAUGUCUUUGCUUUGAUAAAUCUCCCUCUUUGAGUCUUAGAACAUAUCUUUAUAUUUCUUUUAUUUUCUGGACAAUAUAUACAAAAUCAGUUAUAAUCAUAACAUAUUCAGGUUGACUACAACUAUAUGAGACUUAUAAAGUUCAUAGAAAGGACACAAGGCAUGUUGCCUUAAUGAUGGACUUGCUGAAAAUGGUAGUUUCCAUGCAUCACGAGUGUCUCACAAGUACAACAGUACCCCCAAUGUACAGGUUUUAUGGGGCUUUGGAAAGCUACAGGGUUAAAUAUAGGGCUUGACCAUUUUAGUUUUUAAACAUUGAAAUUUGGCAGAUUGGUUAUGAUGCCUUUGAAACCAUAUAGCAGCCCAGGAAUGAAAACUACCCCCAUCAUGGCAUACCAUUUGCAAAAGUAGACAACCCAGGGUAUUCAAAAUGGGGUAUUUUUAGUAGCCACCUGGUCACAAACCCUGGCCAAAGUUAUUGUUUUAUUUGUUUUUUUGCCAUUCUUCACAAACAAACUGCCCUUUCAUUGAUAAUAUUGUUAUUAUAUGUUUUCCUGCUCUAAAACAUAUUUCUGAUCAGUGAAGGUUUUAUGGGGUUUUGGAAAGUUACAGGGUCAAAUAUUGGCUUGCCCAUUUCAGAUUCUUGCCAAAUGUGGCGCUGUGCUUUAUGGCCAAACAUCUCCACUUUGGUGUCCUCUGUCCAGAGGACAUUGUUUGAGAAUUUGUUCAGAUGCAAUUUUGCAAACCUAAGCUGUGCUGCCAUGUUCUUUUUAGAGAGAAGAGCCUUUCUCUUUGCAACCCUUCUAAACAAACCAUACUUGUUCAGUCUUUUUCUAAUUGUAAUGUCAUUGACGUUAACAUUUUACAUGCUAACUGAGGCCUGUAGAGUCUGAGAUGUAAUUUGGGGUGAAUUUGCUGGGAUUUCCAGAUAAGCAACUGUCUUGAAUAUUAACCACCUUUGAAUAAUCUUUCUCACUGUAGAUUGAUGAACUAUGAGUGGUGGAAAUAGCCUUAUAAACUGUCCCAGUUUGAUGGGCAGCAACAAUUGUUUCUCUAAGAUCAUUGCUAAUGUCUUCCUUGGCAUUGUGUUAACACACACCUGAAUGCUCCAGACAAACUAAUUGCUCAAACUUUGGCUUUUAUAGAGGUGGUCACAAUUGCUGAUGAUCAAUAAUAAAGGGCAUUUGAUUAGCAGCACCUGUUUGCUACUUAGCCUCUUAUUUCCUAUGGAAUUUUGGCAUUAUUAGCUUUUGGCAUUAUUAGCUUUAAAUAAAUCAUGACGUGGUGUAAUCUGUAAUUUGUUGUUUACCUAAUGGUAAAACCUACUAAGGAACAGGUGAUUGUUAUUAGGUCCAGACAGGGCCGCCACCAGAAAUUUUGGGGCCCCUGACAAAGCACAAGGUCUGGGCCCCCCCCGCCCAGCCCGGCCCUCCCACGAGUCCGCCCACAGGACUCCUACCUAGUCCGCUGACAAUGAUUCAGGACUGAAUGUGGUGUGUAUAGUGGAAGUGAAUUAGAAUGUGUGUAAUGGAUGUAGUGUUUGUGUGUAUUAGAUACUGUUUGUGCAGUGAAUGCAGAGUGUGUGUUUGUGUAGUGUAUGCAAUGUGUAUAGUGAACGCAGAGUGUGUUUGAGUAGUGGAUGUAGUAUUUGUGUGUACUAGAUGCAAUGUGUUUAGUGGAUGCAGUGUCUGUAGUGGAAGUAGUGUGUGUAUUAGAUGCAGUGUUUCUGUAUAGUGAAUGCAGAGUGUUUGAAUGUGUGGUGGAUGUAGUGUUUGUACUGUGAAUACAGGAUGUUUGUGUAGUGGAUGCUGUGUGUAUAGUUAAUGCAGAGUGUGUGUCAGUGGAGUGAAUGCAGAAUGUAUGUCAGUGGAGUGGAUGCAGAGUGAGUGUCAGUGUAGUGGAUGCAGAGUUUGUUAGUGUAAUGAAUGCAGAGUGUGUGUUAGUGUAGUGAAUGCAGAGUGUGUGUUAGUGUAAUGAAUGCAGAGUGUGUGUUAGUGUGGUGAAUGCAGAGUGUGUGUUAGUGUAAUGAAUGCAGAGUGUGUGUUAGUGUGGUGAAUGCAGAGUGUGUGUUAGUGUAAUGAAUGCAGAGUGUGUGUUAGUGUAGUGAAUGCAAAAUGUGUGUUAGUGUAAUGAAUGCAGAGUGUGUGUCAGUGUAGUGAAUACAGAGUGUGUGUUAGUGUAGUGAAUGCAGAGUGUGUGUUAGUGUAAUGAAUGCAGAGUGUGUGUCAGUGUAGUGGAUGCAGAGUGUGUGUCAGUGUAGUGGAUGCAGAGUGUGUUUUAGUGUAAUGAAUGCAGAGUGUGUGUUAGUGUAAUGAAUGCAGAGUGUGUGUUAGUGUAGUGAAUGCAGAGUGUGUGUUAGUGUAAUGAAUGCAGAGUGUGUAUUAGUGUAGUGAAUGCAGAGUGUGUGUUAGUGUAAUGAAUGCAGAGUGUGUGUUAGUGUGGUGAAUGCAAAGUGUGUUAGUGUAGUGAAUGCAGAGUGUGUGUUAGUGUAGUGAAUGCAAAAUGUGUGUUAGUGUAAUGAAUGCAGAGUGUGUGUCAGUGUAGUGAAUGCAGAGUGUGUGUUAGUGUAGUGAAUGCAGAGUGUGUGUCAGUGUAAUGAAUGCAGAGUGUGUGUCAGUGUAGUGGAUGCAGAGUGUGUGUUAGUGUAAUGAAUGCAGAGUGUGUGUUAGGGUAAUGAAUGCAGAGUGAGUGUGUGUUAGUGUAGUGAAUGCAGAGUGUGUGUUAGUGUAGUGAAUGCAAAAUGUGUGUCAGUGUAAUGAAUGCAGAGUGUGUGUCAGUGUAGUGAAUGCAGAGUGUGUGUUAGGGUAAUGAAUGCAGAGUGUGUGUCAGUGUAGUGAAUGCAGAGUGUGUGUCAGUGUAGUGAAUGCAGAGUGGGUGUUAGUGUAAUGAAUGCAGAGUGUGUGUCAGUGUAGUGAAUGCAGAGUGUGUGUCAGUGUAGUGAAUGCAGAAUGUGUGUUAGUGUAAUGAAUACAGAGUGUGUUGGUGUAAUGAAUGCAGAGUGUGUGUUAGUGUAAUGAAUACAGAGUGUGUUGGUGUAAUGAAUGCAGAGUGUGUGUUAGUGUAGUGAAUGCUAAAUGUGUGUUAGUGUAAUGAAUGCAGAGUGUGUGUCAGUGUAGUGGAUGCAGAGUGUGUGUCAGUGUAAUGAAUGCAGUGUGUGUCAGUGUAAUGAAUGCAGUGUGUGUUAGUGUAGUGAAUGCAGUGUGUGUCAAUGUAAUGAAUGCAGAGUGUGUGUUAGUGUAAUGAAUGCAGUGUGUGUUAGUGUAAUGAAUGCAGAGUGUGUGUCAGUGUAGUGAAUGCAGUGUGUUGGUGUAGUGAAUGCAGAGUGUGUGUCAGUGUAGUGAAUGCAGAGUGUGUGUUAGUGUAAUGAAUGCAGAGUGUGUGUUAGUGUUAUGAAUGCAGAGUGUGUGUCAGUGUAGUGGAUGCAAAGUGUGUGUCAGUGGAUGCAGAGUGUGUGUUGGUGUAAUAAAUGCAGAGUGUGUGUUAGUGUAGUGAAUGCAGAGUGUGUGUCAGUGUAGUGGAUGCAGAGUGUGUGUUAGUGUAAUGAAUGCAGAGUGUGUGUGUGUUUAUUAGUGUAUGCAUGUAAUCUAAUAAUGUAAUACAUGUUUCUCCGCCCUCCCUGCUUCUUACCUGGUUCAGGGACGGGGGAGAUUCCAUCCCUGGUGGUCCGGUGGCAUUGUCCCCCGGCUCUCUGUACUUGCAGAGGGGGCCCAGCAGACUGCAGGAGCACAUUACAUCAUUUCCUUCUCUCUAACUCCCCAUCCAUGGUAACCCGUGACAACGCUCUGACAUCCAUUAUGUUAUGCAGUGUGUGUAGUGAAUGCAGUGUCUGUGUGAAUGAUGCAGUGUCUGUAUCAGGGCCGAAUUAACAUAGGGGAUGAUGGAGCUGCAGCUCCAGGCCCAGGCCCAUGGAAUAUGCCCAUUGAAAAAAAAACUACACACUACUCUUAGGUUUGCCACCUGACUCGUAUUUUAAGGCACAGUCGAUAUUUGAGGCUGUCUGGCCGUGACUGUAUUGCAGUAAUACCGGCAAUACAAAUGCAAAUAUUUUUCUCAGUAUAAACGGAGAGUACUCUGCAAUACCAGUAGGUGUAUGGAGAGAGGCAGGGAUAGGAAGUUACAGAAGCUCCCAGCCUGCAGAGACAGACUACAGCUCAGGUAUGUGAAGGAUGGGGAGAAAGGCAGCAGGGAGACAUGGGGACACUGAGACACUAGGGGACACAUGGUGACACCGAGACACUGGGAGACGUGGGGACACCGACACUUGGGGACACUGGGAAACAUGGGGACUCUGAGACACAUGGGGACGCUGUGUCAUUGCUGCACAUUGGGACACGGAGACACUAGGGACACAGUGUCUCCAUGUCUCCCAGUGUCCCCGUGUCUCCCAGUCAGUGUCCCCUAGUCUCCCAGUGUCUGUGUCCCCAUGUCUCUCAGUGUCCCAUGUCUCUCAGUGUCCCCAAAUGUCUGUGUCCCCAUGUCUCCUAGCCAGUGUCUCGGUGUCCCCAUGUCUCCCAGUGUCCCUAUGUCACCCAGCCAGUGUCCCUAGUGUCUCAGUGUCUCCAUGUCUCCCAGUGCCUGUGUCCUCAUGUCUCUGUGUCCCUAGUGUCCCCAUGUCUCCCAGUGUCCCCAAAUGUCUGUUUCCCCAUGUCUAUGUCCACAUUAGUGCCCCCAUCUCCCCAAGUGUCUGUGUCUCCAUGCCUCCUAGCCAGUGUCCCUAGUGUCACAGUCUCAGUGUCUCCCUGUGUCUGUGUUCCCAUGUCUCUCGUCUCUCAGUGUCCCCAGUGUCCUAGUUUCCCCAAAUGUCUGUAUCCCUGUAGCGGAGAGCUGGUCUUUCACAGGUUAACUCCACUAAAGAUCCCAGUGAGGCUCAGGCCCAUGUCUCACUGUGUCCCCAUGUCUCUCAGUGUACCCUAGUAUCCUAGUGACACGGGACACACUGAGACAUGGGGACACUGGGAGAAAUGGGGACACAGACACUGGGAGACUAGGGGACAUUGACACUGUGAUACAAAGGGACACUGAUGCCAGGCUGGCCUUCCAAUUCUUUGGACAGACAUGCCCCCUUUUUGGGCAUGUUCGCCCCUUUUGACAGUUCUGGUCACGUGAUUCGCGUCAGUGGCUCACCCUUUUACCCCGCCCAUUGACUUCCUGCUUUACUGGACACUGCUGUUAGGGAGUAUGGAUUUACUUAAAAGAUGAAAGCAUAAAUUAGAUAAAGAGAUUAGCAUAGAGUAUGUGUUUUCUUAUAGCUGCAUCCUUUGAGUUUCCCUCCAACACCAUCUCCAUCAGAUACAUGAUGCUUGAGAGGUAUGACUGUUUUAGUGUUUUUGGUUGAUAAGAUCCUGUAAUUAGGACCAUCAUAAUUGUCAGCACCAGGCCCACUGGGCUCUGGUGUGUAUUGUAUGCAGUGUGUAUAGUAAAUGCAUUGUAUGCGUGUGUAUAGUAGAUACAGAGUGUGUGUUUGUGUAGUGGAUGCAGUGGAUGUGUAGUGGAUGUAGUGUGUAUAGUGAAUGCAUUGUGUGCGUGUGUAUAAUGGAUACAGAGUGUGUGUUUGUGUAGUGGAUGAAGAGUGUGUGUAUAAUGGCUGCAGAGGGUGUAGUGGGCGCUGUGUCUGUGUUUAUGUAGUUGGUGCAGUGUAGUGGAUGCAGUGUUGGUGUUUGUGUAGUGGAUGCAAUGUAGUGUGUGCAGUAUCUGUGUUUGUGUAGUGAAUGCAGUGUUGUGAGUGCAGUGUCUGUGUUCAUGUAGUGCAUGGCUCUUCAAAUCCCAGGUCUCCAUGACAACUAGGAAUUUUGUCCUGGCGCCUGAGAUUUGUGAGCCCGUUAAGCUGAGGGGGCGAGAGAGCAUUCAGCACUAGCUAAUGGAGAGCAGAGGGGGCCGGCCGCCUGUGGGAGAGUGGAGGGAGGCAGCCAGCUGUAAUCUUCCUGCUCUGCUUUCUCCAGUGAUGCUGGAAGACGGAAUAUGACAUCACUCCAGCCCCGGCAUCACUACAGUGCAUGAGGUAGCAGAACAGGAAGAUGGCUGUAACCCCACGGGAAUCCACAGAAAGCUGAUUUACUCCAGCUCUCACAAAGGUAGGGUGGCUGGGUGGAAUUAAAAUAAAAUAUUUUUUAAAAAAUUAUAAUUUCUGCUUUUUCUGCUUUUGUUUCUGAGUGUUUGCGAGAGAGGGGUGUUUGUCUUGUCAGUGUGUAUGUGUCUGUCACUGUGCGUGUCUGUCACAGAGAGUGUGUAUGUGUCAGUUUUAGGUCCCCUGUUUAGACCCUCACUGAUUGGAUGGGAAAGGUGAUUUUUCUCACCUUCUUUCCCAUGCUGUGCCGGUCUCGCCGUGGCUGGCUUCACCUGAGAUGAUCAAUCUUGAUGAUCACAGCCAAGCCAAUGCUUUCCCAUAGGAAAGCAUUGGGGGGCUAUUAUGCAUGCGCUAAUCAGCAUCUCCUCAUAAAGAUGCAUUGAAUCAAUGCAUCUCUAUGGGGAACAUUCAGCAGCUCAAUGCAGACAUGCAGAGUGUGAAGAUGCUUAAUGUCAUUGCUGCACUCUGUGCAGAAAUUGAGUAGGAAUCACCCCUAGUGGCCGUAUGAGUGACUGUCACUAGAGGUUUUACUAGGUAACAAUGUAAACACUGCCUUCUCUCAAAAGGCAGUGUUUACGUUGAAAAGCCUGACAGGCUAUAGACACCAGAACCGCUACAUUAAGCUGCAGUGUCCCUUUAAGAAUUGUGACUUUGUCGCUGAAAAUAAAGAUUUGUUAGUUAAAAAAAUACUUGACUCUUAACUUUUUUAGCUGGCUACUAGAUUCCAAGUAAAUUUGUCAAGCCCUUGUGUAAAGGAUGCAGUGUAUUUGGUGUAGUGCCUGUGUAGUGGGUGCAGUAUUGUGCAUGCAGUGUGUGCAGUGGGAUUGGAUAAGGGCUGUGAGGGAGAGAUUUUUUUUUAUUUUUAGAAUUCUGUUUAUUCCCCCUGUGAUCAGGAAUGGGGUACACUAGUUUCCUUGGGGGUCCAGUGGCUUAAUCUUAAUGAAGAAGGCACCCAGGAGCUUAAUCUUGAACCUCCUGCAGCAUUAGGUCCUCUGCUCUCGUUAGCUGUGUGAGUUUUGUUGUGGGUUUCCAUGGAAACACUCCAUGUGGCACUGAAUGCAUGCCAAUAGAGGAGAGGACCUUAUGCUGCAGGAGUCUUGCUAGAUCACACAACUGGGGCCCUUCUUCACAGGACAUGCUAUCAGGGGCCUGGGGCUGCAUAUAAAGCAGUUAUCACUAUGGACAGGCCAGCCUUGUAUAUACACUGCCUGGCCCAAAAAAAAGUCACCACCCAAAAAAAAGGUCACACACUAAUAUUUUGUUGGGCCGCCUUUAGGUUUGAUUACGGCACCCAUUCGCUGUGGCAUUGUUUUGAUAAGCUUCUGCAAUGUCACAAGAUUUAUUUCCGUCCAGUUUUGCAUUAAUUUUCCACCAAGAUCUUGUAUUGAUGAUGGUAGAGUCGGACCACUAAGCAAAGCCUUCUCCAGCACAUCCCAAAGAUUCUCAAUGGGGUUAAGGUCUGGACUCUGUGGUGGCCAAUCCAUGUGUGAAAAUGAUGUCUCAUGCUCCCUAAACCACUCUUUCACAAUUUAAGCCAGAUGAAUCCUGGCAUUAUCACCUUGGAAUAUGCCCGUGCCAUCAGGGAAGAAAAAAUCCAUUGAUGGAAUAACCUGGUCAUUCAGUAUAUUCAUGUAGUCAGCUGACCUCAUUCUUUGGGCACAUAAUGUUGCUGAGCCUAGGCCUGACCAACUGCAGCAACCCCAGAUCGUAGCACUGCCCCCACAGGCUUGUAAAGUAGGCACUAGGCAUGAUGGGUGCGUCGCUUCACCUGCCUCUCUUCUAACUCUGAUGCGCCCAUCACUCUGGAACAGGGUAAAUCUGGACUCAUCAGACCACAUGACCUUCUUCCAUUGCUCCAGAAUCCAAUCUUUAUGCUCCCUAGCAAAUUGAAGCCUUUUUUUCUAAAUAGCCUCACUGAUUAGUGUUUUUUUUAAGGCUGUAUUUUGAUAUAUAUACAUUAAUAUCAAAAUACACUUAGAAUAAAAAUUAACUAAAUUGUGUGUAUAUAUAUAUAUAUAUAUAUAUAUAUAUAUAUAUGGGUGUGUGUAUAUAUAUAUAUAUAUAUAUAUAUAUAUAUAUAUAUAUAUAUAUAUAUAUAAAUAAAAUAAACUAUAUAUGAUUUUGCAAUUUUUGUCCCAUAAUUAAUGUAAAAAAAAUAUUUUUAUGUUUUGGGGACUGCCUGACAAUCCAGGCAGCCCCCAUGCAGGCAGUGCUGCUUGCUGCCGAUUCGGUCAUGUGUCAUGUGGGCCGGUUUGGCUGCCUGGCUUGUCACCCCAAUCUGGAUCGCCAUGUUAGGUAAGUAAACCGCGCUGGAGGAUCCCGCUUUGCUGGGCAUUAAAGCCCAUGUUUUGCAGGGCGGCAUAGUACACACCUCGUUCUUAAGUUUGGGUGUAUAGACCAUGCCCCUGAAGUCUCAUUGCUCAGUUCUCUGCCAUUUUAAAGUUAAAUCACUUUUGUUUCUGUCCAUGCAUCCCUAGCCACACCUCCCCUGACUGUGACUGACACAGUCUGCAUGUUUACUUACUUUAGACAUUUUUAUCACCUGCUCUGUAAAUGUAACUUUAAUCACACACAGAGGGCUCCUGUAGGGUCUAUAAUGCUAUUAACAUUGCAACAGAUAAGAAACUCUAAAUUAGACACACUGUGCAAUAAAGGAAAUGUAAACAUUAGAUCUCUCUUUACAGGAAGUGUUUAGAAAGGCUGUGCAAGUUACAUGCAGUGAGUUGUGCAUAAACAGUGCUUAAACUCCUACAUGGCAGAAAAAUGAGCAAUGAGACUGCAGGGGCAUGAUCUAUACACCAAAACUGUUUCAUUAAGCUAAAGUUGUUUUGGUGCCUAUAAUGUCCUAUUAAAGUUGUUAUGGUGCCCAGAGAUCCCUGGAGCUUUCUUACCUCAAACGGUUUAACCACGAAGAUUGCUCUCCGGUGCUGGAUCUCCCUUUCCCCAGGGGAAUCCGACUUGAAUUGAGUUUCAGGAAGUCCAGAGUGCCGCCGGGCAAAUAAUAUGCUGCCCUCUGGAAUGCAGGACAUCAGUGUGCUAAAUUAGGACGGCUGGACAGGACCCCGAUAUCAGGACUAUCCUGCCGAAAUCUGGACUGUUGGGAGAUCUGAAUGGCUGAAAGCCAUGAGUGUGGUGGUUUGUGUCCACUUAUAUUUAUAAUUUUUACUGUCAUUUUCUCUUUCACAUCACUGGAAUUCACAUCAUUUUUUUAGAUCAACCAUAUGCUACAAGAUCUUCAAACUGAAAAUUAAUCUUUGCUAUCAACAAAGAGUAACAUUACUACUGGGUGUGUAAAAUAACUACGGAAAAGUGUGCCUCUUAUUAAAUUUCUAUCACAUCUUCCAGCCAAAACUUCAGCCCAGUAAAGCGAUCCUGCAGCUCAGCAUAUGUAUAGCAUUAGAAUGUGCAUCAUGUGACAAAUCAACAUCCUCAGACUAUUUUAUAAUGUUUUGGGAUUUAUCAAGAAUGUUUUUGCAAGGAAAACUACAGUGGCGAGCCAACUGAAAUCCCAACACUAUUCAGAGCUGUACUGAGUUUACAAUCGUUGAUAGAAUUUAAAUUAAAAUCACAUUGUCUUUGCCCAUGGAAGGUUUGGGCAGUGCGAUGGCUAAAUAAAAGCGUUCAUCAGCUUGUGCCCUUUCUAUGCCAAACAGCUUUUGAUUAAGAUUUUUUUUCUUACAUCUUAGCAGCACUGCUGGUAUCCAGAGUCUGAAUAAUUGUGGGUUUUAACUCUUUUGGAACCAACAACAAAAAGAACUGCUAUAAUAAGAGAUCUAACAACAGUUGUUUUUUUUUUUUUUAGGAAAUUAUGUUUCUGAUACACACAACUUGUUAUAGUGCAACUAAGCAACUCUCUUAAGGCUCUGAAUAAUUUAAAAAUAUUGUUUUAGCAUCAAUAGGGUUGAUAGAUUGUCUUUUAAUUAUUUUUUUCCAGGAAGCAUAUGCAUUCUGCGACACAGGGCUUGGAAAAGCUGCCCAACAAUAUGUGGAACCUGCAUGCUCUCAUUGAAAAAUCAAUUUAUUAAUAAUGUCCAGGAACCAAACAUAUUCCUGCAUGCAGAGCAAUGAUCAAUAAGAGAUACCAGAGUGACCAUGGGUAUUUAAAAUUAAGUAUUUGUGUUCUGGGAAAGGGGGUGUAGGCCCAGUACAUAUAUGCACUAUUACACUAAUGCGUAACUUCUAACCACAGCUGUCCAUUUGCAGUCGUGGGGGGCAGAAAUGUGUUGUCAAAGACUCGUAGACGUAUACUGUGUUUAAUGUUACAUUCCUGCUCCUUCUAUAGGGGGCUUUUCUAUGGUCCCAGAAGAAGGAUACCAGAAGAAAAAUAAGAUUAAAUUAAUAUACAUUGCAGGAGUUUUAUUCAAUAAACAAAAAGUUAGGGUUACUCCACCCAAAAAGCAAGUGUUUUGAGAAACCCUUGCUGUGCUGUUUCAAAAGAAAAAAAAACUUCUGUUUCAGUGCUGAGGCAAAGUUCUCCCCUCAGCCUGAUCCUCAUCUGCUAUUGUCAUUCCACCUAGCUGCUCGGAGGGAUGUAGGGGAGCACAAGCUGAGAGGAGGACAUGGGCGGCAUGGAGGGGGAAGACAUGCAGCCAUUGGAAGUGGUAAUUGUGCUUGGGGUAACUCCUUAAGAUGAAUUUUAAAGGUUUUCAAUGAAUGUAUCAACUCGCUUGUUAAAAUAAAAAAAAUAUCUCCACAACUCUCCAUUUACUGAAUAAAUUCUAACUUUUCUGUGUAAACAUCUAUGUCUGACAAAACUCUGUUCUGUAUUCAACGCAUCUAAUUUUUCUCUUUUCCUUGAACACAAAUAAUGCUUAUAGAAAUGAGACCUUCAGUUCCUGAAUGAUCCGUCACCUUGACAACCACAGAUUAUUUUUUCCAAGGUUCGCAUAUUCUCUUUCACUGUUAUUUAUUUGUAUUAAUCCAUACAAACAGGCUGUGGUGCAAUUAUAUGAGACACAUUAAGAAAAUCCUGAUCUCAACGUGCCUGAAAAAAAUUAAAUGUCCUCUUCAUAAUUGGGGGUUAGUGAGGAGCAUCAGAGCUGUUGACGUCUUUUAAAACUAAAAUUAUAGCCGAAAGUAUGCUCGAAAUUAUUUUUAAGAAAUGUGUCCUGCUGCAUAGCUGACGUCUUCAGGGGUAGUUUAUAGGAAUGCUCUUAAAAUAGCUCAUCAAACUUCGGGAAGGAAAAAUGAACACAUAAUUUUCUAAAACUGUUUUCACUGAAUUAUGGAUAUGUUAAUGAUCAGUCUACCUCUUGUGUGGGUGUAGUAUUACUGUUUUCCCCUAAAGGGAAACUGUCACUUCCCAGGUUUUAUAAUAUGUUUGCUUUCAGCAUAUUGAAACAUGUAUUCUUGAACUGUGAAAAAUAAAAUGAAAUGUAUAUAUCCACACAUCGUCAAAAUGCAAUUGGGUGCCUCUAUCUUAGCUCUCUGUCAAUCAUUGUUAUUAUUAUUAUUAUUAUUAUUUUAUUAUUUAUAUAGCGCCAGCAAAUUCCGUAGUGCUGUACAAUGGGGUUAUAAUUUAUGUCCUUGUAGAGUCCGUUUAGAGAAAAAAUACAGAGAAAUAAAACAAUGUCUCUAUUUCUCCUUUUCAUUUGCAAAGUUUGCUUUUGGUACAGUAUGGGUAAAUAAUAACAUCCACCUUCAGUUUUUAGCAUGUAUUAACAACCGGUAUAGGAUGUAAUUCGCAUUCAUACCAACAUUUCAAAUGGACAAAGAGGGACACCUUCAUUUUAAGGGUGUGGUGGGGAAUGUGGCCAUGGGAAGGCUACUGCUCUGAGAAAUUUUAGGUGAUUUACUAAUAACAAUUUAUGCAACUAGAAUAUCAUUUGUAACAAGAACAAUAUUCAUAUUUACACAGCCUGGUUUCUAAACACAUGUAUUGUAAUUUAAAGAAACCUUACUUGGAAGUAUUAUUGCUGUGUUAUAAACUCAGACAAACAAACUAUAUGGAGUUCCAAGAAAUGAGGGACAUUAGGGGAGAAAAGAGGGACAGAGGGAUAUAGGCCCAUAAUAAGGACUAUGCUUCCUAAGUAGAGACACUUGGGAGUUAUACAUUUGAGUGGUGUUAUGACUGUUUCAUUAUCUGCUUAUGUGGAGUUUAAUUGCCAAAGAAAUGUCUCUAGAUGGCACAAUCAAACACCAGCUGGGCCAUGAGUAAUGCGGGUCACCUAUAGACAAAAAUGUCAGUUUACUUCAGAACUAGAGAAAGAACUUAGGACUUAGGAAAAAAGUCCAAGGUGGGAGAGUGACAAAAAAGAUAAUAAGAAAUGGGCCCUGCCUUUAUUUAUCCUAAGGACUACAAAGUAAGAUAAAAACAGUAAAAAGGGAGAGAAAAGUACUACCCAGGAAAUCUAAUAGCACCGGGGUCCUACAGCAGAGACAUAUAACUAGUCAAAAAAUCAGCUGGAGUAUAAGGACAACUGGUAUAUGUACAAAAAAACAGGUAAACCAGUACCUGGUUCGACACACGUUUCGGCGUGUCAGCACACAGUCGUCAGGAGCAGUUACUUCAGAACUAUAAAUUAUGUCUGUUUUAGACUAUACAGUAUGUAUUGCAUCUUCACGGUAAGUGCUUGUUCUGUGCGAUGCUCAUUGAAACCUGGCUAGUUUAUUGUUUCUCCUCUUGAUUUGGACCAGAACUGUCCCCACCUGAUAUCUUCCAAAUAUACCUUAUGUCUUCAGGCUUUGUUAGCCUAGUCUUCAUUUUUGAGUUACUUUUAACUGUUCUCCCAUGAUACUUUGAAAUAAUAGUACAAGAGGCAGGACUCAAGAGUGUUUUAUAGAGUAUAAACCCAGACUGUUCUUCAUUUAAUUUUAUAAGAUUUUAAUCUUGACUUGUUCUUACAAAUAAUACAGUAAUAAAGUCAUGUAUAUGAAAUAUGUUUAAUAAAGCAAUUCAUGUUAUACAAUAUAUAUCAUUUUUAUUGUCCUUUCCUCUACCCUACGUGCAAAAAUAAAAUUAAUAAUAAAAAUACAAACGGUAUAAUAAUGUACAAUGCAGCUUAAUGGUAAGUGUAGUAAUUUUGUACGGCUAAUUGUCUUUGUUUGAUAUGUAAAUUAGAAAGGGAGCGUGUAAUUGCCUACUUUGGUAAUUCCCUCUUCUUUUUUUUAUCGGUCACGUUUAAUCACUUUUUGAUGAUUUGUGUUCCUUUAUAUAAUUUUUUUUACUGUUUAUUUUUGUAUUAACUUUUUUAAAAAAUGGUUCAUAAUUAUUUAUGAGACAUAUUUCAAAACAAAAAUGUUCUCUAUAGUCUUUCAUCCUUGCUCUGCCUAUUUUCUUUUCUCUUUAUCUAUCUUCUAUAUAUAUAUAUAUAUACACACACCAUGAAAUAUGUGCAUAUGUAAUAUAUAAAUUGUAAUUAGAAAUGUUACUUAAACGCAGCUCUUAGGUCUCUUUGGCAUGCUUGCACAGAUCUUGCUGUAGGUAAUCACACAUUUAUAGGCACGUGAAUCACUAAAUGGUAGCAGGAAGUAUAGCAACGAUAAUUUAGACCAGAUUGAAACCAGCAUAUCUCUAGAUGAAACCUGUGUAGUUCCCAGCUAUGUAUAGGCUCACAUGACAUGUUCAGAAAUCACUGUCAUAUUAUGUCUCACCAUGUCUUACUGCAUCAAUCUAUUGACUCUAUCCUGAGGUAGCUACCAUGGUCUUAUGAAUAUAUAGGCCUAAAUAGCUAUCCCUAUGGUGGUCUGAUUGUUUUCCUGCUAUAUGUAUUUCAUAAAAUUGUAAUGAUGGGGCGAAUACAUGAGUGCGCAGUAUAAAAUAUGAAUGCUACGUUUUUGUGACAUGGUGUUAAAAAUAUACGCAAUUUUUUAAUAAAGAAAUUUAAUAAAAACGUACAUGUACACUUGCUCUCUGUCCCACUGUGCUCUUUUUGAUUACCCCCUAAAUAACAAUAAGCAGAAAUAAGUAAGGAAUGGCAUGCCGUGUGGAUAUGUCCUGCUGGUAGUGUGCCAUUGCACUAAUAAUCACAAGCAGACCUAAUAACUUGGGUAUUGCUAGGUGAUUCCAUUAUGCCUUGUGAUCAUCAUUUCAAUGACCCCCUACCUCCCAGCUUAUCCAGUUCCAGAUGGAGUGCUAACAGCAGGAUAAGCAGUCAGAAAGUGACAAAGGACCUUGAAUGUUUUAGUUCUUUUACCCUCAAACUCAUGAAUGUUCAAUGAAAUGCUUAAACGAUAGUUUAAAGGGAAUCUAUAAUUAUUUCUUGUGGCUUUAAGCUUGAUUUUAUGCAGCACAUUGUUCCAAAAAAGAUAUCACGUCUACUAUUUUUGUUUAUAUUGACCAACAUUUGCACUGCCAUAGGGAUACCUAUGAAGGUUGCAAGUCGGUUCAACUCUUAUGACAAUGUGGCUCUGAACGUAUAUAUAGCAAAAUGCCAAUUUUUGCUGUUUAAUUACAUUGGAUUAGGAAACACUGGGAAAAAUAUUUCCAACAUAUCUUAUAGUGGAAAAUAUGGCAAUUAAGUGGUUGUUUUGCAAACUUCAAAUUCUUUACAAGGGUUUGAAACUAUUGAAAUGGAGCCAUCAUAACCUCUGUUUUGCUCUUAGUUUACAAUGAUUUGUUUGCCAACUAUUUUCUGUCACUUUUCCCUAUAGAUUAACAGGGUGAGAUUGUAAAUGUGGGUUUGGGGAUAUUCAAUGAGUUUGCUGAGACGUCAAAAUUAGCAGAGAGGUUUUUAAAUGGAUGGACAAUUUCACUGGAGGCUUCAUAUUUUGCUUAUCUCACUUUACAGAUCUCCAAACAGCAGCAAAAAAUUAAAAAUGAGCCAAUCAGAAAACAACAGAAAGGGUAUAUAAGCAGUGCCUAUAAGAUCACUUCCUCUUUCUUUGCUGCUCCUGUCUACAGGUCAGAGUAGUUGUUAUUUGCUCUUCAUUGAAUUGCCUUUAACAGCAGAGCUGCAAUGCUGAGACUGAAUACCUCCGCUGUAAUCCUCUGGACCUCAAAGGGAAGUGCUGGUUAGUAGAUAUAGCCCCUCCCCCAGUAACUGGACGACACACAGUUCUGGGAGUCAACUGAUUUUAUUCUGGUCACAGACGGCUUUUAUGCACAGAUCUCCUAUACAAAAAUACAGGGCUUUUCCUCCCAAAAUCCUCUGUGCCUGAGAGAUAAUUAAUUGCAUGAGGAAAAAAUUAUAACUCAAUUAUCUCUCAGGUACAGAAAAAUCUAAAAUAUUUGAAAACACCCCAAAAAUACAUUUAAAUACUUCAGAACCCCACAAAAGUCACAUCACUUGUGAUACGUAAGCAGGCCACGUCCUUUAAUGGACCGCAGUAACGUCCCUUUCUUUGCUCCCGUGCAGCAGCUGUAGGAGGAAGAGAUUUCUAAUCCCUUCCUCUCACUGCUCUGGAAGCCUCACAGAAGCUUAGAAUAGGAGCCAGUGGCCCGCUGCCUUAUAUCUGUCUGAUUCUCAGUAGACCACAAGAAAGCCAACCUCCAACUACAAAACUGUGUGUUAAUACUAUGUAUGUGUGUGUGUACUACCGUGUAUAUAUAUGUACAAAAUAUAUAAAUUAAUGGUUGCACUCACGGUUUUUCCAAGUAAAAGUCCAAAGUUUAUUGUUAAUUCAUAAAAACUGCGAUCAACGUUUCAGUCCCACCAAGAGGACUUUCAUCAGGAUCACAUGAUCACAUGAUCCUGAUGAAAGUCCUCUUGGUGGGACUGAAACGUUGAUCGCAGUUUUUAUGAAUUAACAAUAAACUUUGGACUUUUACUUGGAAAAACCGUGAGUGCAACCAUUAAUUUAUAUAUUUUGUAUAUCUUUUGGCCAUAUAUGGUUGGCACCCGGUUGUGAAGGGAAAUUCAGCGUGAGUGCAGGAAUUAAUUUUUAAAGUUUUUUGUAUAUAUAUAUGUAUAUAUAUAUCAUUGUGUAUAGCAGGUUAUACAUAGAAAUGUAUGAGUUUAUUUAGCAGUUUUGCAUAGUAGUGUAUGAUGUGUAUGUAGCAAUAAUGUGUUUAUAGUGUGUGUAAUAUUGUAGAGAGUUUUUCCUUUUGAUGGAGCUCCGGGGCUCACUCAGUCUGGAUCUCUUCACCUUGUGGCUAAAUAGACAGACUCGUCAUUUCUAGCAGGAUUAACCCAGGAUCGGGGCUUAAUCAUUUACUGUUUUUUUCACUGAUUGCACAGGUGCUUCAGUCCCUACAAUGUCUCCAAGUGUCACUUGUGCUAAUUACGCCACGGUGACAGAGCCAACCUGGAUCUGAAAGUGCUUGUUGUGCUCCCUCUAAAGAGCCCAAGGAUUGUGCACGAGCACCAACAAUGUAUAAACAUGUAGUGUAGGCGAGGGAUGAUGCACAAUGAUACCCAGGUAGGAAUAUGGUCUAAAAUGGUUUAACUACGAACAGUGGGGGGAAGGGGCAGAGGGACAGGACUCUACUGGCUCCAUAAUCACUAUGGUGAGCUGAAGUGUUUAUGGUUUGCUACUACUAAAAGGCUCAUUUAGACUCUGCAUUGGGAUAUUCACUAUUGGAUUGCAAAGACUGCAGAGAAACUCAGUAUAUAAAUGUAUACAAUCAGAAGUCUGACAGUUAUGGUAGGGCAAAGUUAUUGCCUCUCCUGUACAAUUAAAUAUAAAUCUGGUGAUUGUUGAUGAAAGAUUCUGCUAAACUUGAAUCACAAAUAUAGUUGUAUUCUCAAAAGACAUGGAUUACAAGAAAAUAAGGAUAGUUUGAUUUGUAUGCAUAAGUAAAAAGCAAAAAGACAGGUAAGGAGUAGGUGUAAAAAAUGUCAAUCUCUCUGUCAUACCACGUGAAAUGUGCAUCUGUUCUAUCUGUGAGCCUGUGACUUUGUGUAAAUGUACAUAUUUAUAUUUUAUUUUUAGGUGUGUGUGUCCAGGCAAAAGUUUGAGCACAAUCAAUUAAAAUACAAUUUGACAAAGCUGCUGAAAUUACAGUUGUAAUCAAAAUUAUUUACCCCCAUUGAAAACCAGUUUUACUGUCACAACUUUGACUUUCAGCUGUUUGCAAUGAACAAAUCAAACAAAAACAAUUAAAAUAGUUCAACACAACACAUGCUUCAAAUGGUUUCCCCAAAUUCAACUGAAAAUCCAACUUAUAAUGACUUCUUCAGUCUCAAAAUUAUUCAACCCUCUGAAUAGAAUCCCUCACGACUGCACAAAUAUGCAAAACAGGUGUUGUCUCAAGCAGACCUGAUGCAACUAAUCAAAGACUUUAGGGCUUGUUGAAUGUCACAUUUGACUGCAUGUUAGAAUUAUGGCUAAGUCAAAAGAAUGGUCCACAAACAAGCAACAGAAUACAAAAAGUUGUUCCUAGACACACUGUUGGAAGCAUAGUUUGCAAGUUCAGAGUUGAAGGAAUAGUGGCUACACUACGAAGAGGGCAGAUAGAAAUCUGUUUAUGGCUGCAACCAGAUUAAUGAGAAGGCAGUUUGUGAAAAUGACUGCAAAAGACCUGCAGCAAGACUUGGUGGCAACAGGAACUGUGGUUUCAGUGUGCACAGUAAGGCGCGUACUAAACGCAGAAGGUUUCCAUGCCAAAACUCCAAGACGUACACCACUACUCACCCGAAAAGUUGGCUCCAGUAUGCUCAGAUUCAUAAAAAUAAGUCACAGAAGUUUGGGGAUUCUUUUCUGUAGAGCGAUGAAACAAAACUGUAACUUUUUGGCUCAAUGGAUCAGCGGUAUGUCUAGAGGAUGAAGAAUAAAGCAAACGCUGAAAAGAACACUGCCUACAGUUAAACAUGGUGGUGGCUUGCUGAUGCUCUGGGGCUGCUUUGCAUCCUUGGGCACUAGAAACCAUCAUGCUGUCUGUGAGGAAGCUGAAGCUUGGGCAUCAUUGGCCCUUUCAACAAGAGAAUGAUCCCAAGCAUACCUCAAAUUCCACCAAGGCUUGGUUGCUGACGAAGUCCUGGAAAAUUUUACAGUGGCUAUCACAGUCAUCUGACUUGAAUCCCAUAAAUAUUUGGUGGGAUUUGAAGAAGACAAUUGCAGGAAACAAACUCAAGAAUAUUACUGAACUGGAGGCCAAUCCUCAUGAGCAAUGGGCUAAAAUUCUCCUGGCUAUGCAUCUCAUUUGCUGCAGUUCAUAACAGCAAAAGGGUGUUCUAUAUAUGCUUACCAUGAAGGGGUUGAAUAAUUUUUCUUUGAUACUUACAAUUAUCUUUAAAGGAGCACUAUAGUGCCAUGAAAACAAACUUGUUUUCAUGGCACUAUAGGGUCAUUAGGUCCCUCUCUCCCUCAGGGCCCCCCUCCUGCUGGGCUGAAGGGGUUAAACCCCCCUUCAGCCACUUACUUUUCUCCAGCGCCGGGCUUCCUCUGUGCUGGGGAACUCUCCACCCCCUGCCGAUGUCAGAUCCGAAUGCGCAUGUGCGGCAAAGUCGUAUGUGCAUUCUCAAACCACCCAUAGGAAACUCCCCAUAGGAAAGCAUUACUCAGUGAGUCUUCUCACUGUGAUUUUCAUCAGUGAGACAGCCACUAGAGGCUCUAUUAACCCUCAGUGAAACAUAGCAGUAUCUCAGAAACUGCUAUGUUUUCAGCAGCAGGGUUAAAACUAGAGGGACCUAGCACCCAGACCACUUCAUUGAGCUGAAGUGGUCUGGGUGCCUAUAGUGGUCCUUUAAAUCUUCAUCCUAUAAAAAUUCUACUGUUUCCUGGUAAAUGAUAGAACUCCUCAGGGUUUACCAAAAUUUUAUAUUCAGGGUAGUUUUAGGCUUAGUGUUUAAUAAUAAAAACAGUUGAUUCUGUCUUUACAUGCUUAUAAAUAAUUUCACACUGUGGAAGAAUUUUUGUUAUUGAGGACAGAGUUUGACAUGGUAUUCCUGGUAUUAUAUUUAUAUGUAACAAAAAACAAAGAAUAUGAGAACUCAAAAGCUUAGAGAAAAUCAGUAACUUGCCCUUCGGUAAAUACCCGCUCAGGUCUCAAAAAUAACUUUUGCUCACUUGUGCCAUUACAGAGAGAAUAUAUCCCAAAGCAUAUCAGACUGAUCUAACCCGUAAGGGCAGUCCCGAACUGAAAUGGCUGCAAGUUCUCCUUGCACGAGAGAUACAGCAACCCCAGACGAUUGUUUUGGCCUUCUUUAGGCCUUUUAUAUGUUAUAUGUUUAUAUGUACCAGCCUUUAAUUAACUAAACACCAUUUUCUAAUGCAAUGUAUCAACAUAGAGGGCUGGAUUAUUUUUAGAGAAAGGGUACUCUGUUUACUGAAUAACAAUUGUCCCUUAAAUGUCAAUGGACUUAUUGCUAUUCAGUAAUCAGAGUAAAACCCAAUAGGACUAUAUUUUUUAUCUUUUAAUAAAACACCAGAUAUAGGUGGUGGGGGGAAGAGGAGGGGAGACAUUAUUGUGUAUAGCAUAACAUGUAUAACUGGUAGACUUCCAAAAUGUGAUCUGCAUUAUUUAUGAUGAACAAGCGUCUUUGACAGUGUUUCCAGCGCAGCCUUUGCAAGUUUUUCACCUUAUAUGGAAGGUUGCCUGUAACUUAUCAGGCAGAAGUAGUAUUUGCUGUUACUGCCACAUUCCUACAAGUUGGAAGCACUCAAAUAGACAUGAUCUCAUGCUAAACAUUUGGUUUUCUUUUGCUCCUUUUCAACAAAGAUUUUAUCCCAACUACUAGGAGUUAAAUAAAGCAGCUAUGCGUUAUAGAGCUGAGUUUCCAAAACCUUUCUCUACCUAAACAAUGAGAUAUACCCCACUCCCUCUAGCAUGUAAGCUCAUCGAGCAGGGCCCUCAACCCCCUCUGUUCCUGUACGUCAGUGGUCUGAUCUCAAUUAUGUGUCUGUUAGUCCACCCAUUGUACAGCGCUACGGAAUUUGUUGGUGCUAUAUAAAUAAUAAAAUAAUAAUAAUAAUAAUAAUAAGAAGAAGAAUUUUUAUUUCCUUUAUCCAUCUUUUGUGGAUCAUUUAGAACAUAAUGCCUAUUAUGUUCUUAUUGGAAUGCAAUUAAACCAGGUUGAGAUACUUUUGAUACGGCAUUUAGGUAUGUAGUAUUAAUGCUCUUCCCAAAAUAAGGAUUUGAUUUACAAAUGUAGAUAUAUAUAUAUUUUUUAUUUUUUUAUUAUUGUUUACAAAAUACCGGUUAAAGUUUUAUUGGGUUGGUCUUAACACAUGGUUAUCGUUGUUUAUCUUAUUGUUUUUAUUUAAAUUCCACAUAGUUAUAUAUUUUAAUUGUACUUUCAAUUCCUAAUCACAGAGCCUCAUUGCACACUUAAGGGACACUAUAGUCACUAAAAAUUUUUAUCUUUACAAAGCAGUUUUUGUGUAUAGAUUGUGCCUCUGAGGUUUCCCUGCUCAGUUCUCUGCCAUUUAACCCCUUAAGGAUGCAGCUUCAAAAACUGGACUUACCCUUAAGGACACAAACCAUUUUUGCAUUUUCUGCUGUUUGUGUUCAAAUGCAAUUUACAUCUCUGUUAUUUUUAGAGGGCAAAAAGGGCAUUCAUUUGACGUCACAUAUACAUAGAUAAAUUCUCAUUAAUUAUAGAAGAAAUGCCAAAAAAUGGGAAAAAAAUAAUAUAGCAUAGAAAAAGUAAUUAAAAAUAAAUUCAUUUAUGUGUCUUGAUUUAUAGAGUACAUAAUAUGCAUAGGAUUUCAGCUUAGUUUGAAAGUUACAGGUCACAAAACAAAAGGACUAAAAUAAAAUUUCAAUGUGAAACAAUUUUAGAAGUUGGUAUGUUUGUCUUGUAGGUUUAGUAGCCAUCACAGAAAACAAAAUUGCCACACAAACGUAUAUAUUUAUAUAAAGUAGACAUCACAUGCUAUUUACAUAAGGUUAUUCUCUAUUUUGGCAUAUACACAUAUAACAAGGUUUUUGUAAUGUGUAUUUCGUAAGCUGGUGUGUGCUAUUCCUGCACAGAACCCCAUAUGGUAUUCAGCUACAUCGGCUGAUUAUAACAAUCUUCUUAAAGAAGACAUCCCAGGGUAUUUCAAAAGGCAUAUUUUGAACCUUAGCGUGGAAUCACUUUUCAGCUAGCUUGUACCAAGUGUUUGAGACAUUUGAGACACAUCCAGUCAGGUUUUUUUUCAAUCUUUGAAUUUUUACGCUGUGUCCAGCUCCUAUUUUGGAGUAUUUUAGCAGGCUAUAUAUUCCAACUAUCCUAUAAAGGCAUACCAUUUCUUAAAGGACCACUAUAGUGCCAGGAAAACAUACUCGUUUUCCUGGCACUAUAGUGCCCUGAGGUUCCCCCACCCUCAGGGUCCCCCUCCCGCCCGGCUCUGGAAGGGGGAAAGACGUAAAAACGUACGUUUCUCCAGCGCUGGGCGGGGAGCUCUCCUCCUCCGAUCCUCCUCUUCUCCUCCCAUGCGGCUGAAUGCGCACGUGCGGCAUGAGCUGCGCGCGCAUUCAGCCGGUCACAUAGGAAAGCAUUAUCAAUGCUUUCCUAUGGACGCUUGCGUGCUCUCACUGUGUGACUAGUACCAAGUGUAGUGGUAAUAAGCAUUUUUCUGCCUUUUUGACACACAAUGUGAGUUUUCACUGUAUAUUUUGCAAUACCCCCAUAUGUACCUUUGCUAGGUAUAUGUGGACAUUGAAGGGGCACAUUUGAGACACAGCCAUUCAGGUUUUUUUUUCAAUCUUUGAAUUUUACGCUGUGUCCAGGUCCUAUUUUGGAGUAUUUUAGCAGGCUAUGUAUUCUAACUAUCCUAUAAAGGCAUACCAUUUCUUAAAGGAGAUUUUCACAGUGAGAAGCAUGCAAGCGCAUCUAGCGGCUGUCAAUGAGACAGCCACUAGAGGAAUUGGGGGAAGGCUUAACCCAUUCAUAAACAUAGCAGUUUCUCUAUCCUAUAAAGGCAUACCAUUUCUUAAAGGUGAUUUUCACAGUGAGAAGCACGCAAGCGCAUCUAGCGGCUGUCAAUGAGACAGCCACUAGAGGAAUUGGGGGAAGGCUUAACCCAUUCAUAAACAUAGCAGUUUCUCUGAAACUGCUAUGUUUAUAAAAAAAAUGGGUUAACCCUAGAAGGACCAGGCACCCAGACCACUUUAUUAAGCUGAAGUGGUCUGGGUGCCUAGAGUGGUCCUUUAAAGAAGAGAUCCUAGGGUAUUUUAAAAGGCAUAUUUUUUACCUUAGCGUGGGAUCAUGUUUUCCAAUAGCUUGUACCAAGUGUAGUGGUAAUAAGCAUUUUUCUGCCUUUUUGACACACAAUGUGAAAACUGUAUAUUUUGCAAUACCCCCAUAUGUACCUUUGCUAGGUAUAUGUGGACAUUGAAGGGGCACAUUUGAGACACAGCCAUUCAGGUUUUUUUUUCAAUCUUUGAAUUUUUACGCUGUGUCCAGGUCCUAUUUUGGAGUAUUUUAGCAGGCUAUGUAUUCUAACUAUCCUAUAAAGGCAUACCAUUUCUUAAAGGAGAGAUCCUAGGGUAAUUUAAAAGGCAUAUUUUGAACCUUAGCGUGGAAUCAUUUUUUUCGCUAGCUUGUACCAAGUGUAGUGGUAAUAAGCAUUUUUCUGCCUGUGAGUUUGCACAGUAUAUUUUGCAAACCUUAUGUGUACUAUGGUUGUAAAAUACUUCAUAUGUUGCUCAGCUAUGUCACCUGAGUACAACAAUACCCAGUAUGUACCUUUGACAGGUAUAUGUGGAUGUUGAUGGGGCACAUUUGAGACACAGCCAUUCAUUUUUUUUCUUGGCAACGCUCUCAUACUAUCAACUGAGAGCUCACGAGAGGAGGGCUCCAGUUCUGCAAGGUGCACAACUUCAAGCGCUGGCAGAGACCGCUGGACCACCAGGUCAAAAGUAUUCCCCCAUCCCUGCUUAAAGUUGUGCAAGAGGGAGGGAGGCUGAAGGGGGGAAUCAACAUGAAUUAAUUUAAGAAAACAAAACAUGAAAUUGCUCUCCCACCUCCUCAUUUAAAGCCUUAUGUUCCCCCUCCUACCCACAAAUCAUCACUAUCCCACCCUUACUGUGUUACCUACACACACUCCAUAACACACACUACACAAUCUACUCACACACAACAUGCCCUAUACACACACUACAUAAUCUACUCACACACACACUACAUAAUCCACACAAACACACACACACACACUACAUAAUCAAGAUGGACGAGGGCAUGUGACCAUGGAAAGGCGCUGUAAAUAUUUUUCGCACAGGGUACCUAAAGGCCUAAGGCCUUCCCUGAGGGGAGUGGGUGGUAAGGAACACUAUGGGACAGGGGAGGGGAGUGGGUGGUAAGGAACACUAUAAGGAACACUAUGGGACAGGGGAAGGGGUGGUAAGGACCACUUUUUUUCUACUUGUUUUCCUACUCUAAAAACUAGGUGCGUCUUAUGGUCAGGUGCGUCUUAUAGAUCAUGCUAUUGUGACUGUGUUAGCAUUAGGUUGGGGUGAGUAGCAGGUUAUGUAUUUGUGCAAGUGGACAGUUGUGCCUGUGUGCAUGUGCAAGGAAACUAUACUGCUAAUAACACAUAGUUGUUUUCCUAGCUCUACCUUCAGUGUCCCCCCCAUACCUCUACCCUUUGGUGCUGCAAGGGUUAAAACCCCUUCUGUCACUUGCCUUAAUUCAGCGCCGAUGUCCCUUGGUGCUAGGUCAGGCUCCGCCAACGGCGGCCGGCACAGGGGACCUAAUGCGCAUGCACAGCGCACAUUAGGACUACCCCAGAGGAAAGCAUUGCUUAAUGCAUUCCUAUGGGGUUUUUAGAUGAUGCUGGAUGUCCUCAUGCAGAGUGUUAGAAUGUGCAGGAUCAGUUAAGCAACCAAAACUCGCCUAACCACCUAGAAGUGCCUCUGGUGGCUGUCUGGCAGACAGCCACUAGAGGUGCAGAUAAACCUACAAGGUAAAUAUUGCAGUCUUCAUUAUAAUGUAGGGAUGUGCAAAUGUAGAAGACUGUGUUGCAUAAUUUGUUACAUUGGUGUAUAAUAAAUUAUGCUACAAACAAGUAUAAUAUGAUACACUAUACAUGAUGUGAAACUAAAGAUUGGCCUUACAAAGAGCAACAGGUAUCACAUUACAUUAAUAUUUUCCUCAAAAAAUAUAGAAUUUUUGUACCCAAAGAUUUAUUUUAUCCCAGACUUGGCUUUUAGUACUCAGAUUAAAUAAAACCUAGGACUUUUUUUUAGCUGCUUUAAAUGUGCUCUUUGAAUUAUGCUGCUCAUUGCCUGUUGUAUUAGAAUAGUUAGAAAUAACACAUGGCAUGUAUUACAAACAGGGAGAGGUUGUCUUCAGUCGGAAGCUCAGUGACAGGAAAGAAAUAUUUUUUUCCCCCCAGACAUUUUCCUACUGUAGAAUAUAUGAAUUUAUUUAAUCAUCCACAAGCCUCCACCCUUUGGCACAGAACUGUAGUGUAAACCGUUAUUUUGGUGACCUGAAUUCUAUCUAUGGAAACCAAAGCACAAUAAGCCUUUACUGCAUAUAUACUGUUUUGUUGUAAAUGUCAUAUGACCUCAGAGUGGCAACACAAACUGUACUCCAUAAUGAUUUGUUCCAGUAGGAAGAUCUUCCACUUCCUGCACCAGUAAAUUAUAUUUAGGUUACACUAACGGGUAAUACUUCUACAUGCAAAAGCUGUGAGUCUAACAUGGUGAUGUCUGAGUAAAGUGCUAGGUGAAAUUAAAAGAAAUGUAAUUUACAGAUCACAAAGUCAUCACAGCGUGUGCUCAUAUAGCCUAGUCACUGAAGAUUAAUUUGCUGCAGCUGGUUGUAAUGUUGUAUUUAUUUGUACUGAAACAUAUUCAGAGUUGUAAUCCAGAAAGUGAACACAAAAAAAAAAAAGAUAGAGAGCACAGUGAGUAUACCUGGCAAUUUUUAAAAAAGGCUUCAGAGACUAAAUUCCUCUUUGAGAGUUAGUCUAAGCAUCAUAAUGACUACAGCCUUUACCCUACUGAUGUUUAGUUUUACCACUUACUGGGACUUGCUGGGUAUGCUGCUGUACACCCAGAGUCGACCAAUGGUAGAGUUCCAGGGCUCGGCCCAGGAAACCACCAGUCAGUAUCCCGCCAGACCAUCUACUUGGGGCAGAAUUCCCGCUGCUGGUUGUCAACUCUUGACGUGCUGGGGUGCUCAUUUUGCUGCAACAUCUUCUCUCUCACUGAGGGUUAGUCCACUGCCAGGUCUUUAAACCGCUUUAUUUCCUCUUUAGCAUGCAUCCUAUUAGUCAAGGAAGGAGUCAUAUAUUUUUUUCAUGCAAGGGGGACCAUAGUGUUUGUCGCAUUGUUUAUUUUUUAUGUGAAAAGUUAUAAAGCAAGGACAUCGUCACAACAAUAGAAAAGUCAGCAUUAGCAAGAGACAUAUUCAUCAAAUAAUGUAUAUGUAGGAAACAGCACAUUUAAAAAAAAAAUAAGAUUAAACUAUCACAGUGCUAGGCGAAUAGAACUGAAGACAAAAUAGAAGAUGCACUGAUAGCAAUUUCAACAGGCUUAAAAUGGGACAUAUUGAAUCACAGCACCCCCAUUGCAUAUAAUCCUCCAAUGCGGCCUGGGACUACUAGCCGAUACUAAAUGCAGGACUGCUGGAACCAUACAUGGAAAUCCCCGGAGCCAAAAUCAGACAAGUGCUCACUAAAGUGUGCACUAUUGCUUCUCCAUGAAAUACUCCUAACAUCAGCAACAUAUCAUCACCAUCUUAAAGGAAGAGGGGUGAAUAUACAGCAGGAUUGUAUUCCCUUGCAAUGUUCCGCCCUUCUGCAAUCUUCAACUUGGAAGCAGGCUUGGACACAGACUUCGAGUGAGGUGUGUCAUAGUAAAGAGCUCUAUAGGCCUGUUUCCUCAGGAGCGGGUACCCCAGUGAGGUCUACCUAGUGCUGUUUGGUAGAUGAGCAGUAGCUGGAGGUGUUGGUAGACCACUCUGUCUGUCCGUUAUGUGAGACAGUAAAGCUGCAAAAAUGACAUUAAGCUUUUACUUAGUUGACCUCAGCAGCAUCGCCACAGAGGGCCUGGACAUCUUCUCGGCCAUUUUAGUGGUAGAGUGCCUCUGUCGGUACAGGUACAGUAGAUUAUGGAGCUGGUCUCCUAGGACAGAGAUUACCCCCAACGGUCCUGAGGGGAGAGAAUGUCUUGAAGCACCAGCCAGUAGUGGGGGCUGGAGAGCGUUGGUCUCCCUUGUGCCGCACAUGCUAGUAGGCUGCAAAAAGUGAUUAAACUAUUCCGUUAGAAAGGUCAGCUUAACCCCUUAACUUCUGGAAUAAAAGGGAAUCAUGAUAUGUCACACAUGUCAUGUGUCCUUAAGGGCUUAAGUGGCAUCUUUGUGAACACCGUGAAGUCCCCUCUUGUUUGGUGACCAAGAUUUGUCGAAUAAUACCCUCCAGUUUCAGAUAAUCAACUAAAUUCCCCAUUAAAUGCAGGAGCAGCUGUGACUUGCAUCUGCUAUGCUCAGUGGUCAGGACCCACCACCCGGUUGAUAUGUUUUCAAAGGCAAGCUGUUGUGGUGUAGAAGUUGAGGAGGGGUGUCUUUGAAACAUUGAAGGAGUGAAUAUGUAUAUUAAAAUUUCCUUCCUCCUGGGAGCAGAAUCCUUUCUGUACUGUCUUAAAGAAACUGCAGUAUAUUUGUGAAUGUGUAGUAGGUGUCCCCCAAUAGUGCUUUUGGUGAUAUUCUGUCGAACCUCAGUAUCCUUUUUUCCAUUGCUCCCCACAUUUCAGGUAGAACACAUCACCAAGACUUUCCCGCCCUGGCUCCAGAUUCCCACCCCAAGCCGUCACCAAAGAAGUAGAAAAAGGUAAUUGUAGAGAGGAGGAAAGAAAAGUCUAGUAUGGGAAGUGUUAGGCCCGAGAGGUUAGAGAAAUGGUUAUUGUAAGAGGAGGGGAAAAUCAUUUGGUUAAAAAGGAACAGGGGAAAUGUAAAGGGGUCUACAAAAAGGGACUACUCACCAAAAUAGGGAGCAGUUUUUGAACUGUCUAAAAACUUAUUCUGAGAGGGUGUAGCAUCCACUCUCAUUAAAGGAACACUAUAGUCACCUAAAUUACUUUAGCUAAAUAAAGCAUUUUUAGUGUAUAGAUCAUUCCCCUGCAAUUUCACUGCUCAAUUCACUGUCAUUUAGGAGUUAAAUCACUUUGUUUCUGUUUAUGCAGCCCUAGCCACACCUCCCCUGGCUAUGAUUGACAGAGCCUGCAUGAAAAAAAAACUGGUUUCACUUUCGAACAGAUGUAAUUUACCUUAAAUAAUUGUAUCUCAAUCUCUAAAUUGAAUUUUAAUCACAUACAGGAGGCUCUUGCAGGGUCUAGCAAGCUAUUAACAUAGCAGGGGAUAAGAAAAUCUUAAUUAAACAGAACUUGCAAUAAAGAAAGCCUAAAUAGGGCUCUCUUUACAGGAAGUGUUCAUGGAAGGCUGUGCAAGUCACAUGCAGGGAGGUGUGACUAGGGUUCAUAAACAAAGGGAUUUAACUCCUAAAUGGAUUGAGCAGUGAGGCUGCAGGGGCAUGUUCUAUACACCAAAACUGCUUCAUUAAGAUAAAGUUGUUCAGGUGACUAUAGUGUCCCUUUAAGGUCAUUGGAAUACACUCCAAAUAGGGAAGAUGCAAGAAUAAUACCAACAUGUGUGUGCUGUGUGUAGCUAGUUAGUUUCUCUCAGACAAACCUUGUCUAAAAUCAGGGAAUGAAAGUGAAGUUUUCCAAAGCAUUACAAUGUAGACCAUAACUUAUGCUGUCCAAUAGCUUGCCACACAUGUGCCAUAGUGGGGCAUAAGAGCAUAAGAGUGGGGCAUAAGUAGCAAACUAGCCAACCAGGUUCUAUGAGUCAGAAGGACCAAUGAAAAGAAACGGGAGUUUGGAGUCUGCCAUCCUAAACAUCCAUAUGGGUAAACAGUGAGGCAUGAUUCAUCAUGCUGGCCCCAGGCUUCCUCUCAUGUACCCAUGUGCAAGAGAGCCCCACCAGCAUAACCUAACCUGCAGCCGACCACCAACUUAGUGUUGGAAGGAACAUGAUCUGCCUCCACUGUCAGGGUGCUGAUAAUAGAAAUAGCUGGUUGUGAUACCACAUGUUAUUGUUAAUAUGCGGUCUGCUCAGCUUUAGGGCCCCCCAACAUCCCCAACUUUUAAUAUUCCUCUUAUAAGGGCUCAUAUCCAGUGGAUCAAGAAGCCAGCACUUGCACCAUAAUUUUGGGUGUUAGCAAGAAAAUUAUAUUUAUAUGCACCAACAUCCAUCUUCUUCUUUUGUUCUGGUGAGUGUAAUCAUUCCCCUCAGGCUUUUUGCAGUAAACACUGUCUUUUCAGAGAAAAUCCAGUGUUUACAUUACAGCCUAGGGAUACCUGCACUGGCCAUUUCUCAUUUGGCUACUAGAAGUGCUUCCUGGGACAUUCAGUGUCUCCACCCUCUGCAUGGAGACACUGAACUUUCCUCAUAGAGAUUCGUUGAAUACAUUGCUGAUAUACAUCAAUAUUGACAACUACAGCUCCCAGAAGGCUUAGCGGCCGAUAAUAUCACGCGCAUAUGAUGCGGGUCACAUGUCCCGGCUUUAGAAGCUGCUACUACAUUCAAUACACUUUGUUUACAUAUUAUAUUAUAUAAUUAUAUAAUUUUAUUUCCCAUUAAAUGAUAUAUAAUUCUUAUAUUUGCACUUUACAAAAAGUGAUUGUAUUUGAUUGGAGGACAGCCUAUGAUUGAUUUUUUUGCCGCCAAUUUUAAAUAACCAUAUCCCUAUCUAAACCUUAUGUAGCCAGGUUGUAUGUUUUUUACCCCAUUUGAAAAAGCCACAUCGACGAAACGCCUUAUUGGAUGUUUUACUCUGCACCUUUAAUAAAGGAAUUCUUUUGGGACAAACAUACCUAGGUUUGUGCCAGUUUCCUUUUAAUUAUUUCAAAGUUAUUUUCUUCUUUUUUUUUUUACCUGGCUUUUUAUCAUCACUCCAAAGAAAUCUGAGGUAGGGAUCAUACCACCAAAGCGGAUACUAUAGAGCAGUCAGCCUGCUCUACGUUUUGUGAGUAUAUUCUAUAUAUUUUUUACAUAUUGUUUUUACUCUAUUGAGAACACUAUUGUUGCCUCCCUACUUUUAUUGUCUUUUGAGCUCCAGUUAAACCUGACAUUGAGGAUACCUUUCUUUAUAUCCUGAAGUGGGGAUUGUACCACUACAAGCACUAGAUGCUAGAGCUGGCCAUAGCUCUAUAAACUGUGUGUGCAUUAUUAUUACGUCACCAUAACCUUUUUAUGAUACAUAUUGUACUAUUAGGUCCUCUCUUUCUUCUUCUCUCCUUUUUUUAUGAUUGAAUAUCGGAGAGACUGAUUAUGGAUACCAUUUCCAAACCUUAGGAAUCCAUAUCGCUCGUUGAAUAUACCAUAAAGAUACCAUUUGGUGUGAACCUAAAGGUUUCCUUUUAUAUAACUGGACUUCCUGUCAUUGAUUAUAUCCUAUUACUCUUUGUGGUGCAGCCCAUAUCUAUCUUUGUACACGUCUGUUUUUGUUUAAAGGGUGAGAGGGAUUUCCUUUGUUGUGGUUGCUGCCUAUUUACUGAUAUACUAGCGCUGAUCCAUUUCUUGUGUAUUUAUGUUAAAUGGUACAUAUGUGUGUGUUCUCCAUGCUCUAUAAAAAGAUGAGCUGUCCAGCUCACUCAUUGCACUGAGCUCCAGCCUCCACGUCAAAGCCUAACUACUGGUCCUGGCCCUUUGUAUUGUUGUGGCAUAUGCCACUAAAAGAAAAAAACAUGUAAGAAAUAUACAAAAUAAAAAGGGGAUGGAAAUGCAAAAAAAUUAUUUUAAAAAGAGUAAAAAAAUAAUUGAGUAUGGGUAAUCCAUGUAGGUCCAAUCGCUGGCCAUGUCUCUGUUAUGUGUUGUGAGAGUGUACUCACAGCCCUAAGUUUUGGUCUGCUCUCAAGUAGAAAUAUGCUGUGUCUGUAACCGCUCUAGGACUAAUCAGCAGGCUACUCCUCUGGGCCCACUGAUGGCCACUGUAUGGAUACUUUCUCUCAGCAUGAGCUGUCUUUGUCAAGAUGCCCUAGGUCAGGCAUAGGCAACCUUCGGCACUAAAUAUGUUUUGGACUACACCUCUCAUGAUGCUUUGCCAGCAUUAUGGGUGUAAGAGGAUUAUGGGGGAUGUAGUCCGCAACAUCUGAAGGGCCAAAGGUUGCCUAUCCCUCCUGGAACCAACAACUGUCGAAGGAGGAUUUGUGAAGUAUGCCAUAGGGUGAUAAGGCCCUGGUAAACCCUGAAAUAGGGAAUCUAAUAGUAUGGUAGUGAUGCCUCCUACUGAAUAAUGAAGAUCAGAGAAUAUAAACUGUGAUAUGGUAUUUUGGAUUCAUGGAGUCCCAGUGUGACCAGGCUCAGAAUCCUGUGGACCAGCAGAGUAUAUCUGCUAUAAUUGUAUAUCAUGGUCUUGGAAAUGGAUUAUCAGAUUUCUGCACAAAAUCUGUAGGAGGCUUGCUUUAAUAUGCAUAGCCAGUCAUAGAGCACACAACGUUCCGCAGGGAGCCCCCAAUGGAAGCCAUUGUUGCAAUAGACUGUGUGCCCAUAUCAAUCCAAUAGCGGUUUCUAACAGUUGGUCCAACAUGUGAUUGAAAACAUCCUCCACACCCUCUGAUUCAAGCAGGCCGCUAACUUGCAAGUUGGUUCUGUGGCGCCAAUUGUCAGUGUCAUCCAACCAUGUAGUUAUCAGAGUGAGCAAGAGUUGGUGGUAAUCACCUGUCACAUUCUCGACACCAUGCUUGUGUUUGGAAGCCAUUUCUUGUUGUGUCUCAAUAUUGAACUUGAUGGAGAAUGUCAAGCGUGGCUUAGAUGGCCGGGUUGGCUACAUUGCUUGUGGUCUUGCUGUAUUUGCCCAUUUUGGCCAGUGUAGAUAGUGGUAAGUGCUUUGAGGUGCUGCGUGUGCAGUUCCUCAAGGUUUUGCUGCCAUCUUCCUAGGGUUUUAGCCAUGCCCCUAUAAUUAUUACUAUCAUUAUUAUCAUCAUCACAUUACAGUAAUUGUUCAUGUCUUGGGUCAACAAUAUUUCCAUCAGAAUUCUGCUCAGCAUUUAAUCUUUCCAAGUAUACCAAAAUUAAUACCACUGGGCACUAUUAUCAUGUGUACCACAUGACAUAUUUUGCACCUUCCAAGUGUACCUGUUUAGAAGGGACAGUCCCUAUUUUGGAACAAAUUCCUUCUGUCCAUCUUUUCUAUUCUAAUGUCCUUUUCUCGGAGCUCCAUGUUGUGUGAGUGUUUUAAGGAGAUCCACAGCAAAAACACUCAAAGCAAUGUGUCUUUAAACUACAAUACAUGUGUUUAGAAGUCAGUCUGUGUAAAUAAGAUACACUGCACUUUUUCUGUAUUAUAUUUUAAUUUAAUAAAUUAUUAGUAUGAAGUCACCUACAAUUUCUCAGAACAGCCCUGCCCCUGUCCAUUUAAAGUGUUUGGAGGUAUGAUAUCACCUUUCUGAUGAUUAAAUAAAAAAUCAAGCAAUUCUGAGAUGUGUUAAAUGUGCAGCAGUUCUGACAGACAAAUAUCUCCACAGUUUGCACAUUAUUUACUAUUUUGCAUAAGUACAGCCUAUUUACCCUGGUACAAAACGCUGACUUUGGGAACAUCAUUUGUUAUGGACGGGUAGACCAGUUUUGUCAGGAUUACAAACAUUAAAGUAAAUAAAAAAUCAGCAGCCAUGAUAUAUUCCUCUUUGAUCUGAUUUGACUUAUAACACAACAUCUUUACUGUACUAAACCUGCAAUCUAGUAGCCAUGUUUGUUCAUGUUUAAUCCUUCCCUUUUUUAGGCCACAUUUAUUCUUUUAGCUUCUUAUAAACCAAUCACAAUUUAAAAAAAAAAAAAAAUGCACCCACAAUUUCAUAACAUUAUAUUUCUUUCCCAUUUACUUGAUGCGAUUAGAAAAUGCUGAUUCCCGUACAAAUUAGCAUAUUUAAAAACAAAACAAAAAUUGCAACUAGGAUACAUAAAUAGAAUAGAUAUUUUAUAGUCUUAUUAAAGGCUGAUUUUAUCAAGAGAUAAUGCUUGAAUUUAAGGCAUGCCUAUGGACAGUAAAAACGUGCAAGUGCUAGAUGUCAAGCUAGCAUUGUCAAUCUUGACCAAGUUGAAUGGCAUUGAUGGGCUUAGAAAAAAUCAGCUGACACACUGAACCGAUUUAAUUGACACUGUUAAUUAGCAACCUCUGUCCACCUGCUUUAAAAGAAAUUGACCUGAUAGAACCAUAAUCACUGCAACAAGCUUUACUAGUUAUGGUGCUUAGAUCAGGGCUGUCAGAAAUGUGAAAGCCAUAUAACAUGCAUAAGUAUAUAACCUUUAAAGCUGAAUAAUACAAAUAUUCACACUCUGGGGAGUACACUGGUGGAAUAAGGUAGCCAGCAACACAACUGGUCUGUUUUCAGAUAAUAACGGUAUACUUCCUUAAAGGAACACUAUAGGGUCAGGAAGACAAACAUGAAUUCCUGACCCCAUCUUGCCCCCCUGUCCCCAUCUUACCUCCCUAAAUAUAGUAAAAUAUUACUUGUAUUCAAGUCUUCAGCUCCUGGCUCUGCCCCUCUGCCUCUAAAACUGCCUGUGUCUGCUGACAUCAACAGAAGUGUUGUUCUGAGCCAAUCACAAUGCUUCUUCAUAGGAUUGGCUGAGGCUGUCAAGGAGGCAGAUCAGAGGCAGAGACAGCAAAAGUCAAACACAGCCCUGGCCAAUCAGUAUCUCAAUGCAUCUCUUUGAGGAAAGUUCAGUGUCUGCAUGCAGAGGGUGGAGACACUGAAUGACAGUGCUGCUUACUCUGCAGCACUGUCCAAGGAAGCAGCUUUAGCACCCAUCUGAGGAGUGGCUAAUGGAGUUAUCACUAGGCUGUAAUGUAAACACUGCAUUUUCUCUAAAAACAGUGCUUACAGCAAAAAGCCUGAAGGGAAUGAUUGUACUCACCAGAACAAAUGCAAUAAGCCAGUGAUGGCGAACCUUUUUGAGCUCUAAUGCCCAAACUGCAAUGCAUGCCAACUUUUUUUCCUCAAAGUGCCAACACGGCAGUUACACCUGAAUACUGAGGUUUAAGUUUAGAAAAAACAACUCAUACAGUUGUCCGAACUUAUUACCAUCUUUUGUUUUAAAAGAAGAACACAACAGAGAGUAUAAUGAUAAAAAUGAUAAAUAAUGAUAUAAAAUUAAGCUUAUAUUUAUUAGUAUCUUCAACAAAUGCAAUACAUACAAAAAAUACAUACACACAGGCUGCUGAAUACAGUCAGAGACUGCUGAACACAUUCACACACCGACUGCUGAAUACACACACACAUACUGCUAAAUACACAUUGACUGCUGAAUAUAUACAGACUGCUGAAUACACACACUGCUAAAUACAUAUACAGAAAGACUGCUGAAUACACACACACACAAAAUGCUGAGUACACACAGACAGACUGCUCAGUACACACAGACAGACUGCUGAAUGCAUACACACAGUCUGCUGAAUACAUCCACCAAACACACACACACAGACUGCUGAAUACACACACAGUCCACUGAAUACACACACACACACUGCUGAAUACAUACAGACUGCUGAAUACAUACACAUACUGCAUUUAGGGGUGCAGUGUAUGUGUUUGUGUGUACAGGUGCAGCGUGUGUGUGUGCAGCAGUCUGUGUGUGUGUUUGUGAGGGGUGCUGUGUUUGUGGGGGGGAGGGGUUCUGUGUGUGGGGGGAUUGCUGUGUGUGGGAGGGGGUGUGCUGUGUGUGUGGGGGGUGUGACAGGUAGCAAAUAUGUUUUUGUAAUUUAAUUAUAAAUUAUAAAAAAAUGAAUUAUUAAAAUCUUUAUCCCCCCUUUGGUGAAGGAGGAGGGACACAGCCAGCCCUGGUGGUCCAGUGGUGGUAAGUUCGCAGAAUGCUGUGUCGAGCAUUGCCGUGGUAACGUGCACCAACUCUCCACACAGCCUGUUCACGGGAGGACAGGAGUGCUGCUUCCCAGAUCCCUUCCCCUGCCUCCGUGGCCUCCCGAUACGAAAGCAGAGUAGGCACCUGCCGUUUUGCAUUGCUGCCGACUGGUGCAAGUGUCCCCAUUCCCCCCCCGGCGACCUAUGGCAGCGUGCCCACAGAGAGGGCUCGGCAUGCCACCUGUGGCAUGCGUGCCAUAGCUUCGCCAUCACUGCAAUAAGCUGUAAUUGUUCUGGUGACUAUAGUGUCCCUUUAAUGUCCUUGCAUGUAGGAGUAUGAAAUUAUACAAAUUGGAAUAAAGACAGGAACUAAUAGUCAUGGAACCAGUGAGAUGUAAAGAAGAGCAUUUAUACUUUUAUGAGCUACGGUUUAGCUCCAACAUAUACUCUUAAAGUGCGUAAUCCCCACUUGUGUAUGAAGUUUGUGUGGAAGUGAACCUUUAUGGUAAAAUAUAUUACUGUGAAUUGGUAAUAUUUAUUUUUUAUCUUAUCUCCUGUUUUUAUAUUCUACAAUAAAUACUGGUAUUUUUAAAAACUCCUUUAGAUCUUUUUGUAUCACUAGUUGUAUCACUUGUUGCCUUCUGAAAUCCCUCUGGUGGUGAACACUGGUACCAUUACAAGGGCUUGACAAAAGUAGAAGCCUUUUAGCCUUUCAUUAGCCAUGAUGUGUGUAUCUUUUCUUGGGGCGUGCCGAUUUUAGUAUUCCAUGAAUGGAUAACUUCUAAUAAGUUUUUUUAUAUAUUAGUAACAUUAGUUGGACCACAUGAUUUACAUAUCUAAUUUUAACUCUGCAAUAUAAAACAAAACAUGCAGUUUUACUUACUGACAGCCACUCGAGGCACUUCCACAGCACUGACCAAGUAAAACUGAUUGAUUUCAUUCUUUCUUAUGUGGAAACUUGGAUCCACGCUUGGUGCUUGUCUUGCAUGGGCAUCAGGUCCCCAUGCUCCUCUAUGAGGAACAUUGGAUUGCAUCAUCAUGGAGAAGUCCAUGCCAUGAUUUUGUGGGAAGAGGAGUGGUAAGCUUUGCUGAUGAAGUCUAAUCCUUGAAAAAGGUAUGCAAAUUCUUUAUUUUAUAACUUUUUAUCACAAACGGGGGAGGGGGGAGGGGCUGUAUUUUACUAGGGAAUGGGACACUACAGGCUUGUAUUGCUUACUCUUUAGUGUUCAUUUAAAGCGGCACUGUCAUGCCGAACUUACCUUUCCCUAAUCGCUAUUUUUACCUCCAUCCUUGUAAUAAACUUAACGAAUGAACAAACGAACACCGACAUUUAGUGUUUGUUUGUGUGCCUGACAUUUAUAUUCAUUCAUUCAUCUUUCUGACUUCCGAAUUUCGGACAAUAGCGAAUUCCCCAGUGUUUAACUGGGCAUGCGCGGGAAUUUCACAGCACAUCUAGUGUGGGCAGAUGACGUGUCCCACAGGGCCUUCAUCUGCCCACACAAAGAUGGCGGCUCAGGACCUAGGUCCAUACACAAGAUAAAGAUUAUAAAGUAGAUAAUAUGAGGGUUUAGGGCAUUUGUGUGUGACUAGGGGGGCAAUUAGAGGUAGUGUAGUCGGGAGGAGGGUUAAAAAAAAAAACCUGAAUGUGGCCAUGACAGUGCUGCUUUAAUAAAUCACUCCUAAGAUUUACAAGCCUGCUACAAGGCUUACCUCAUUGACUGAGAGCAAUCGGCUGUCAAUUAUAGGCCAUUGGUGAUAGGCCCUUGAUGAAGGCCAACAUUGCAUACUGAAUAAAUCAGUCCUAAAUAACAGUACUUGUUGGUAAGUUUCCUAAAUCUGCUUCUUUUUUUAACCAUUAAACAUAUUUGCUAUAAUUAUUUAAGUACAUUUUGUUUACUGGCUUCAACAGCACAAUUUGCUUUGUGUGAGAUAAAUAGACCACCAGACCCCCUGACAUCUGUCCUACUUCAUCUUUGUUGCCAACGUCAAGCUGUACUGAUAUAGAUUUGCAACAUGUAUAUUAUCUUUUAAAAGAAUGACUGCGUACUGUGUACAGGGAGUAUGGCACAGCAAAUGGAAUCUGCAUUAUUUUCUGUUAAAAGAAAGGAGUUGGAGCAUACAAAUAUAUUUGAAGUUUCACAGCUGCUAUUGGGUACAAGUAACUAUUCAUUUUUCUUUCUUUUUUUCUUAAAUUCUUUAUUUUUGUUGUGCGUAGGAUUUAUAACACUUGUUUGUGAGGUACCCCAAAGGCAAUCCUCCAGCGCAUUAAAACAGUAGUUAAACAUAUAGGUACAUGAUAGAACAGGCACAUUUUUGUUUUUUGGCUAUAAACAGUUAUGGAGAUAAAAAACAAAUAAAAGGCUGCGCUUAAAUAAAAGUAAACAGUAACAGAAUAUAUAAAAAAUAUAAAUAAAGUCUUAGCUGAAAUAAAAUCUUCUUUAAGUCCAAUAGUCCGUAAAGUUCUAAUUUUUUUAAAGUGCUUGUCCAGAAGGGAGUAUCCUUGCUGUUUUUCUUCAAAAUAAUUCAAUAGCUUGAAACGAAAAAAGCAGACACACAAACCAAAAUAGUGUAAUACGUCCUAUAUAAGGCGGGAUAUAAUGUAAAGAAAGGUAUUACACUCACAUGAAGUGGAGCUGUGACUUGCUCUUAUUAUAACAGGUUUGCAGCGGUAUGGAUAUGGUGCAGAAUUCUUACAGGAUAUGGUGCAGAAUUCUUGAUCCACGAGUGGGUAGUAUACUCAAACGAGAAUAAAAAGAACAACCAAUAGUGCUCACUGACUGGAAUAAAAUAAUUAAAAUAAGAUAGAAAGGUACUCACAAGAGUGGAGCAGGCAAACUGCUCCUUGGAGGUAGCGUCGGUGGUAUGAUCCCCACCUGAGGAUUGCUUGGAGUCCAAGUGAUAAAAAUGCCAGGUAAAAAAUAAAUAAAAAUGUGUGUAUAAAAUGUAUAUAUAAAAAGAUGAUUGGUACAAGUUGAAGUGACCAAAACAAUCUUUAAUACAAUAAAAUGCACAUAUAAAAUAUCCACAAACGUGUUUCACCAAUACGGCUUCUUCAAUAUGGAAUGUUCCAUGUUCCAUAUUCCUAACACAUUAGAGUUUCUAGCUGUUCCUAUUAUUAACUAAAUGUCUAAGUUGCUUUAAAAAAAAAAAAAAGCAAAUGAUUAACCUUCCUCCUUCAGAUUAAGUUCCUGUUGCUCUAAAAAUACGACAUUACGUCAGUUAUCAGAAAAAUAUACUUUACCAGACUAAAACAGGCUCUCUACACCAAAACCUCUACAUUAUGCUUGAGUGAUUCUGUUGCUUAGAGUGUUCCCUUUAAAGGGAUAUUAUAGGCACCAAAAUAACUUUAGCUUAAUGAAGCAGUUUUGGUGUAUGGAUCAAUCGCACAGCUCAAUUCCUUGCCAAUUAGGAGUUAAACUUUGUUAGUGCAGCCCUCGCCUGUGAUUUAUACCUUCCUAAGCACUUCAUGUGAAGAGAGAUCUAAUAUUUCAACUUCCUUUAUUGCACAGUGUUUUUAAUUUAGAAUAUUCUGUUCUCUUAAUGGCCUGAGAAUGAGCAAAAAGGUUGCAGGGGCAUGAUCUAAAAACUGCUUCAUUAAAACUUGCAUUGUUUGGAGCCUAUAGUAACCCUUUGGAUAGUUCAGUGGUGAAUUAUCAAUAGGUGCAGCAUCCCACCCGAUAAUUGUUGUCAUAAUAAAAAUAAAAUCUAUUGCCAGUAAAAAGAAAAGAGUGAAAUACUGACAUUGUAUCUCUGGGGGCAACAUCCAAGCUGCAAAUUUAGUUUUUUUGGUUAAACUUUUAAAUAAUUAAUUUUAUUAAUAAUAUUUUUGGGGGGGCGAAUGUAAUGCACAUUUAUAUAAGAAGAUACUAUACAACAGUGUGCUACAAUGAAAAUGUUUAUUGCCAUAUACCAUAGUAACAUUGAUGGUAUUUCAAUUGUAAUGCUAUAUGUUAAGUCUAUUCUUUCUUAAGCCCUGUUUCGGGAAUAAAAUUCGCCUGUGUGAAUUCACCAUUUUUAAUUUGCUCAAUUGAUGAAUUAAACAGGUAAAUUAAAACUGGGUGAAUUAAAACUGGUGGGAAUUCGCCAGAACAUUUAGAAUUUUGCCCUGAAUGUAAUGCCUUUACAUGUUCUAACAACAAUCUGUUAGCUUGAGUGCUUUUUUUGCCUAAAUCUUUCAUGUGAGGGGCUGGCCCCAGCCCCUUAUGAAUUAGGUCAUGUCUAUGUAAUUGUGUAAAAUAUUUCUGUAAUUCUGAGAGAUCUAAUGUAAAAAAAAACACGUAAUCUAUCUGAUCUAAUAUAAGCUAUAUAAGAUAUAUAAGCCUGAAUUAUUUUUUGUCUAAAAUUGUUAUGUGGGGUGCUAUACCCCUUCCAGUAUAUGCCAGUAAUAACAUGAAAUAUUUCUGUAAUUAUAUGAUAUCUAAUUUAAAAAAACAAAACACUUGAUCCUACCUGAUCUAACAAGGUAAGCCUAAAUAGUUUUAUAACUAAAACUUUCAUGUGGGGUCUUGUCCCCAUCCCUUAUAAAAUACCUAGUUUAUUUGUUAUUAUGUGAAAUUCUUGAUUAUACCUUAACAAAGAUCUAUGCCCCUUAUCUAGAUCUAUCAGCCCCUUUAUUAAAUACUCAUAGUUCAUGAUACCUGAUCUAAUAAAUAGCUAUCAAUAUAGCUAAAUAUUGUUUUUUUAUAAUUAUUAUUUAUAUAGCGCCAUCAGAUUCCGUAGUGCUGUACAAUGGGUGAAUUAACAGACAUGUAAUUGUAACCAGACAACUGGAUGUACAGGAACAGAGAGGUGGAGGCCCCUGCUCAAUGAGCUUAUUUAUUCAAUAAUACUAAUAUUUAUUUAGUGCCAACAUAUUUUGCAGUGCUUUACAAUCUAACACAAACAUAUAGGUUUAAUACAAACAACAAUUGAUCUAAAUUGAUCUAACAAAAAUCUUUUGUUAUAAGGUUUUUGUUCAAAAUUUUAAUUUGGGUGGAUUAAUUUAGCUGUGUUCAACCAAAUUUACAAUUGAAAAGAAUCUAAAAUCUAGAGAGCAUUGCACACAUUUUAUAGUGAUAUGUAUUCCUGAUCCCAACUUAAUUUUACUAAUGGGCAUGUUAGGGUAACAAAUAUUGUAUGCUUUAUAGUGGUUUGAUUUAUGAAGCCAGGUUGAAUGUCGUUGGAGACAAGUACUAUAAAAUUGUGAAUGCCUCUUUCCAUAGAAACCAUUGACCCCCCACCUUCUCCCCCCACCUCCCUACACCAUCCAUUGAAUUGUAAGACACAGCCCUUGCGUUUGGCCAUCUGGAUAAAGUUAUUCUGAUUCUGAAGCUUUGGUUGCAAGGCAAGCAGGUUGUUUUUUUAAAGGCCAAUAACUCUUUUCAUCUAAGCAUAACAUUUGACUUUUAAUGAAUGGAAGCAUGGAUUGUCUUGUGUACUGGAAUGCUGCUAGUCUGAGCAGCCAGGCACAGAUGACAGUAUUGAAAGUAUGUUUGACGAAUAUGAUGCUUAGGUUUAGAGGGGUUUUUGCAAAUAGCUUACACUGUCCAUGGGGACUAUUAGAAUUUUUUUUAUAGAAUAUUUAUAUGUUUGUAUAAAGUCACAGGCAAUUGGUUAGUUAGAAUGUUAGCAGUGAAGUACUAUUUGAGAAUGUUCACUAAAACACCAAAUUGUAGUAAACUGAUCCAAAUCACAAAGUUAGGCAAAAUAACCAAGCAGAGUUGGAGAAUUUGUCAAAAAAUUUAACUUCUUGUCCAACAUUUUUAGAGGUUUUCAAUUUUUUAUUGGAUAAAUGCAUGUGUAAAACAUCUGUUCACAAACAACAAGAUUGUUUUUUUUUUAUUUUUUAUUUGCUUAAAGAGAUUGUUGUAAGGUGAAUAGUUCACACAUUAUGUUAUGCCUAUAAUGUAUUAUUUUGGCAUCAGUUGCUUACAAGUUGUCUUGUAUUUGCCAUGAAACUGAUAUCUUAGAAGCCUUUGAAGUAAACAUGAUAGUAUGAUGGGGCAGACCAGAGGUGAAAGUGUUAAAAGGGAAUUCUUUUCGGUGUGUCCCACCCUUUAGUCCAAAUUCUAUGCUGUGUCCCGAGUGUAAGGAUUUAAGUCCCUGGAGAGUGGCCCUCAGUGACCUUUUUGAAUGCUUACAUCUGCUACAAAUGUGCUUUAUUCUUUCUCUAGUAAGAAAGGCAUCACAUUUUUGUUUUGCAGACUGGGAUAAGGAUACUCUUGAAGAACGUCUUUUGGAAUGGAAUAAGCUGUUCUGCCCUGUGAGAGCUGCAGUUUAG